CCAGUUUGGGGGGGGGCGAUCAGAGAGAGGCUGGCACGAAAGGCGCGAACGAGGCAAGCCGCCCCCCACCCCGUUUCGAUCUGCCGGGAAUGGAAAGCAGGCCUUCAUCCGUGGAUGAAGCGGCGCCUGACGCGGGCCUGGUGUUGUCAGGAGGGGGGGGGGAUGAACAAAAGCUACCCCACGCGGAACGCCAGUUGGUACGUUCCAGGGCGGCUGUGGGGGGCGGGGAGGAGCAGCAGCAUCGAGAGAGUGAGCGUCGCGCGCCCGCUGUCAGUUGGCCCGAGCGGCGGGCGCGAGAGGGGUGUUGUGGCGCAUGUUCGCGGAGCUCUCGCGACUGCAGGCGUCGCUCUGGUGUCACAAGAGAUCUCCUCCCCCCUACCCCCAAUAUCUCCCGUUUUUUAAUUCCCCCCAAACGGUGGUGUUUUGUUUUGGUUUUCCCCCCUCUCGCUUCUUUUUUUUUUUUUUUGCGCAAGGCGAAAAGAGGGAACCGUGAGGGAGCUUUUGUGAGGGAGAAGAAGGAAGACCCGAGUCGGAGGCAGGCAGGCGGGCAGGGUUGUUGGCUCGCUCGCCCUGAGAGGACGGCUGAGGCGCGAUGCCCGUCGUGCAGAAAACCGUGUCCGAGCUGCGCUUCAGGGCGGAGGGUGAGUGGGGCUGCUCCGGCGGCUUUUUCUGCGUGUGAGGAGGGAAGCGGGAGGGAGGGAGUCCUCGUUGCCCCGACCCUUGGCUGCUACCUUGUCAUUUUACAGACCCAAACAUCCCGAGUACAUUCAACAAGGGAGCAUUUCGUGCUAAUGGGGAAGGGAUUCCUAGGCAGCCCCUCGUCCCACGCCCCCCUUUUUGCUGCUCGUUUCUUCCGUUUUCGGAGGAAGGCGCUCUCUGUGUUUCCCCGCCUUCCCCAGAAGCGCCCCUCACGGUGGCGCCUGGGCGAGCAAGCAGGUAGCAAAAGACGUAACCCCCCUCCCCAACACUGCCUCACCUGCUCCCUUCUGGUUUUACCCACAUAUAUUUCACCCCAUUCCUGUCAGUAGAAGAAAUGUUAAAGAAAGGGAGCAAGGGGUGCCAACUUGAAUAAAAUAUAGGGGGUGGGGGCAAAGGUAAGCUACGCCCCACAUAAUCAAUCUCACUCACACACCAUUUGAAUGACAAUGUCCACCAACUUUGAGGGGGCCCAACCCCACUUCAAAUGUUUUAUUGGGGGAAGGGCUGAAGGGACCCCGGCCCCUAGGAGUUGGCUCCUAUGAAAGGGAAAGGAAAGAGCCUUUUCUAUCUAGCACCCCAACCCACACCCACACAAACCAGUUUAAUUCUAGAACUACAGCCACAUCACCUUGCCAACAAAGGUCCGUAUAGUUAAAGCUAUGGUUUUCCCAGUAGUGAUGUAUGGAAGUGAGAGCUGGACCAUCAAGAAGGCUGAUCGCCAAAGAAUCAAUGCUUUUGAAUUAUGGUGCUGGAGGAGACUCUUGAGAGUCCCAUGGACUGCAAGAAGAUCAAACUGAUCCAUUCUGAAGGAAAUCAGCCCUGAGUGCUCACUGGAAGGACAGAUCCUGAAGCUGAGGCUCCAAUACUUUGGCCACCUCAUGAGAAGAUAAGACUCCAUGGAAAAGACCCUGAUGUUGGGAAAGAUGGAGGGCACAAGGAGAAGGGGACGACAGAGGACGAGAUGGUUGGACAGUGUUCUCGAAGCUACCAGCAUGAGUUUGACCAAACUGCGGGAGGCAGUGGAAGACAGGAGUGCCUGGCGUGCUCUGGUCCAUGGGGUCACUAAGAGUUAGACGCGACUAAACGACUAAACAACAACAACAACACAGCCACUCCGCGUAGAAUCAUAGCAUCACAGUAUUGUAGAGUUGGAAGGGAGCCCUGAGGGUCAUCUAGCCCAACCUCCUGCAAUGGGGGGGGGGUGGAACCCACGGCCCUGAGAUUAAGAGUUUUAUACUCUACCAGCUGAGAUGCUGUCCCGUUUCCAACUGUGCUAGCAGCUUGCACUCUCCUUUGUUCGAGGUAUACAGUCUGGACCAUCCUCCCCAUUUCCGAGUCUGUUCCUCUGCAUCUCGCUUGCAUUCAUCUGACUGUUGUUUGACUGUCCUCCCCUCUCACACACACCCCAAAAAAUCCAGAAAAUAGUCAGCAUACCUGACACAAUGGAAGCAUAGACAGUGGAUAUUCCACAGCUUUUGUUGUUUGCUGUAUGUUUUGUGAUCAUCAGGCUGAGGGAGGAGAGAAUUGCUAUUUCAUGUUCCUACUGUGGCAGGGAUAGAAAUAAUAAAAUCACUCUCAUCAAUACACUUAGGAGCCAACUCUAGGGACUGAAGUCCCUUUGCCCCCUCCCCCAAUCAAUGUUUUAGGGGGCAGCCCACUCACCCCCAAAUUAAUGGGCAUUGCCAUUCAAAUGAUGUGUGCGUGCUGUGUCAUGUGAUUGAUUAUGUGGUGUGGGACUUACCUGCCCCUUCAAUAUUUUAUUCAAGUUGGCACCCCUGUCAUUACGCAACCUUACAGUCAACUGUUGAUGGUCUUAUACAUGGUCCAUGAAAUCCACAGACAAAGAUGACAUUUGUACAUAUUCCGGGAUUUCCACGCAAUGCAGGGGAAAAUGCAUUAGUGUUUUGUUUUUUUAAAAAAAGGGGGAAAACCCAAAGAGAACUGGGUGUUCUCAUUGCCCUUCAGGGGCUGCAUAAUGUUGGUGGCAGUUGAGCAACGGGGCGGGGGGGGGGGUUGGCCUGCUCAAACCCUUAAUAGUUUCCUGUAAUAUCCUGAAGCAGGGUGAGUUUUGGAAUGUAUAUCUCACAAAGAGCAUCACUCAGCCAUGAUUCCCUCUCCUUAACAGUAUGAGUUUUUAAAGACACUGAUCCUUUUGAAGUUAAUAGAGUACAAGGAGGCUGAUUUUAUAGACUUGGAGGCAGAACUCCUAACUGUUUAAAGUGUCUUGUAAAAAUAGGGAUGUGUGCACUGAGGUUACACCUCUCAACCCCAACUCUCCUUCACCAGCUCUUUAGUACAGCAGAGGAAGGCGGGGAGGAAAAACACCUGCUUCCGUUCAGUUAGCUUUGGGGUGGAUGUGGAGCUUUCUGCUCAUCUAUUCCUAAACCUCAGUCAGUACUAUAGGGCAGUUGCAUUACAGCACCAAACUGCUGAAGCUCAGGGCUAGAUGCAAAGGAAGCUACUCAUCUUGCCCUGAAGCUCAGAAGUCUCAUACCAUUGCACUAUGGGGAUGAUUUCUCAAUAAUUUAACCUAUCCCAUAGUUCCUCAUUGGCCCAUAAAUUGGACAUCCUACUUUAUAGGAUUUAGAUUCGCAUUUUACCCAUAAGUUCCAUAAUAAUAGCAACUAAAGUUAUUUCAAAAUGUUCAAAUCAUGUCUCCUCUCUAAUUCAGCAUGCAAUCUAGUCUACUUUUUGUAAUUUUUGAAGAUGAUUUUAAGGUUUCAUUCAUUUGCUUAUUUAUUUUUAUUUAUCUAAUAUGUAGCAAGAGAGACAAAACUUCACACAUUAAGUCUCAGUGUUUGGUAAUAAAAAUAAUAAACUGAAACCUGUAAAUGAAAGUAAAUUUUUUGUUUGCUUGGAUUUUUGCUUUGUUUGUACUCUUGCAUGCAGUUACAGACACAAAAAUAAAAGGGAGCCCUGGCAGUCAUUCAUUCAAUGAUGUGUUUACAUCUUUAGUAUAGCAUUACUCAUAGCUCCACGACUUUUGUAUCGUAUUUCCAUAUCUUGAAUGCUUACACAAUAUUGGCAUGAAGGCUUAUGUCAUGCUCUGUUUCAGUACAAGUUGUCUCACAUUUUUGCAUAGAAGAAUUGUAUACUUGUUAGCACUAAUCAGAUAAAAGCAGGCACAAGCAGUAUUGCUUAACUUUUCAUAUUGGGAACGAUGUGAAUCAGUUUAUAAAAUGGAUGGGGAAAUAUGAAGUAAGAAACUUGGCUGAAAAUUUUGGACAUUAAUAUUUGAAGAUCUGUUGGGAUUCAUGAGCCACUUGAUAAGAUGAAUAAUGAACCAGUGUACUGGAGUAAUAGUACAAUAGAGGAGCAUUGGUUUACUGGACUUAAUGUAAAAACUAACACAUUAUUUGGCAGUUAUAUGAAUAUCAAAACAAUUUCCGCAGUAGCUAUAAUAAUUGCUUUAUAUUACUAAAUGUAGUUAGUAUCCCAUGUUAGUUUAUAUGGACUUAACAGAUAAAGGGUAAGAUAUAGAAGAAAUAAUAAUAAUAAUAAUGCCAGUGGGAGCUAUUUUAGAAAAGCUGAUGUGAAUUUUAAUAUGCAUGUUUUAAUGUACUGUAAAUUUCUCCUGAUGUUAUAGUUUUAUCUUUAUGUUAACCCCUUUGAUAUUUUUUUUUACAAUCAAGCAGUGUAUAAUUUUUUUGAAAUACAGUGGUACCUCUGGAUGCGAACGGGAUCCGUUCCAGAGCCCUGUUCGCAUCCUGAAGCGAACGCAACCUGUGCGGGUCGCGAUUUGCCGCUUCCACGCAUGCGUGUAACAUCAUUUUGAGCGCAUGCGCAAGCGGCAAAAUUCGGAAGUUAUGUGUUCCGUUACUUCCGGGUCACCACGGAGCGCAACCCAAAAACGCUCAACCCAAAGCUACUUCAACCCGAGGUAUGACUGUAAUAAUAACACUGGAAGAUAUAAAUUUGAAUGAAUGACUGCCAGCUUUCCCUUUCAUUUUUGCAAGCAUGACUGGAUGACAUAUUUAGAAACCGUAUUCACAAAUAAUAUAUUGCCUUGACUUGGCCAUUCAGCAGUGAAAGGAAGCUAAGGUCCCAAUUAAACAAUAACAAUUUUAAUUUCUCAGUUUUAAGAAUUCUAUUUUGGAAGCAAAAAAUAAAAUUAGGUAUUUAUUAUUAUAUUUAUAUCCUGUCCUUCCUCCCCAAGGAUCCUAUUUCUUUCCUUGUAAUUAUUUCACUCUCCAGCAAUGAGGCCCACAAAGUCUGCUUUCUCCUGAACUUAUCAAUCACUUGAAUUAGUCAUGCUCAUUGGAAGGAAUGGGAAAUAAAAGUGUGCUCUCAAAUGGAAUAGAAUAAUUUUCUGCCAUCCACAUCAAAGGAGGAUCACAGAAGUUACUCAGGCAGAUUGUUUUCAGCCAAGAGAGCAUGACUGAGCAUAAUUCCUGUAGUAGAAGUUUAGGGUGGGACAAGAAAUAAUCUGAAAGUGUUUCUUUCCAUAAAUGGUAUAUCUUGUCCCUAGUCUUUGAAUUUUCACAGAUAUCAGUUAUGCAGCUAACCCCUGGUAAAAACAAGGUGCUAUGUGAGUGAGCCAUGAGAUGCUAGAACUUUCUGCUCUUGUUCUGAAAGCUAACUUCCUUGUUUGUUACAGUAAAACUGUUUCUAAAACAAAAUUCAAGCCAGUAAGGUUUGUGGGGUGCGGGUGGGUGUGGGUGUGCUUUAGGAGUCAUUGGAGACAGAGAUAAUAAUAAGGGAAAUGAUUUUGUAACAUUUCCAAACUUUUAUUGCCUCCCAAGCCACAAACCUCUGUUGCAUAUAGUCAGAAGUGUUCUUCCAAAAAUCUUCAAACCAACCAGACUCUUCUGUCUUUAUAUUAUGGCCUAAGAACACUGCAUCAAACAGUUUUGAGGAAACAAAAUCUAUUUUCAGUAAGAUGGAUUGGCUAAAACAAAUAUCAAUAUAUUAACAGUAAAGGGUGGGUUAAAUUUGCUUUUUUCAAAUGUUGUUUUUGAGUGCCUGCCAAAACACAGAACUUUAGUUUUGCAAUAAUUUAUAAUUUGACAGUUGUAAGCAGUAUUCCUAAAACCUUUUCAAUAUUCUUUUUUCUAACUAAAGUAACAGAAUAAUGCCAUAUUAUCAACAUAUAGAACAAUCAGUACUUUAUAAAUCUGAAUUGGGGAAUGUAUGUGUGAAAUCAGGAUUGCAGAAUAAUUUGACUACAUUAUUAAUGUAAAUGUUGAAAAGUAAGGGCGGGCAGACGUUAUAUAACAUCUCUAGUGGUUUUUAUGUUCUUUAUACUCAGAGAUAUUUAAAAAAACACUUUAAAAAACAAAAGGGUUUUAUUCUUAUGACUAUGGAAAUAAACUUUGACUUAAAACAUAGAGUAUGUCUGGUAAAAUCUCAGAAUCUAUAGGAAGAGUAAUCAGGAGUUUAAUAUUCAGAUGGUUCAGUUUCAGUAUUUUGCACAGCUUUAUGUUCCCUGCAGGGCUAAUGAUUGGCCUUGGAAUUCCUAAUCCUGUUACAGUGAUAAAACUAAGAAAGAUUGGACCUUGUCAGUGCAUGAAUGACAAAACUAUGAAACCACCUUAUAUGUUCUUUUGAGUUUUUCAAACGAAGCAGUGAAGCAAAUAACAUAGCUACCUGAUAUCAGCCUCAUAUCCUUUUCCAUUCAGUAAUUGGUGAAAACGAAAAGCUUAUAUAUAUUUGGGAUAGAAAUUGAACUGUUUCCUUAAAACUUAACUGUUUCCCUAGCGAUAGAGCUAGGAACGCUCUCACCACUUUCUCGUGUUAAUAUGUAAUGAUGCUAGUCAGCAGAAAAUGUUCAGAGUAGUUUCCUGCAAGCUCACAAUUGUAAUUUUAAUUUGUAACUUGAAAGCUGACUUGUGUGAUUUUGUCAUUUCAUAUGUAUGUCUGUAAAAAAUGGCUGAUCUUUAUUUUUCUAUUCAGCUCCCUGAAUAAAGUUGACCAGUCUUUAUUUUAACACAUAGUCUCUGUCUUUAUGCCUAUUUGCAUGUAAACACUUGCGUAAGGAAGGCCUGGGUGUGAGUUGGACAGUCUGAGGAUCCCUGGGUUAUAAGAGAUCAUAUUCCUAUACUCCUUUUCCAACAAAACCACCUCUAUGUUGAGUUGUGGUUUUCAUUUGUUAGGGAGAAUAGUAUUUAAAUGAUGAAAUAAUAGAACAUUUUUAUCUCUUAUAAUUUUGUAUGCCCUGUAAUGUUCACUCCUGUACUAAGGUCUCCACAAUCCUGCCAUUGUGAAGAUGUAAGUUAAAUAUACUAGGAUGUGUUUCUUGUUCUUCAUAAUUUUUUCUUCAUCCAAGACCCAUACAUUCAAGAAACACAACAUUUUUAACAACAAUGGCUUUUGCAAGACCAUAUGGAAUAAUAUAUUCUCAACUAAAAUAAUAUUUGAUUGUUACAAAUAAACUAUGUGUGUUUUAUAGACUCAGACGUGCUGUAACUUUUUCACCAAGUAAGACCAGAAACAUCUGGCUUUGAAUGAGUCUUGAGACAGUCAGGUCUGGAGGCUACACAUGGUUAAUAUUAAGUAUUUCAUUUGUUUGCAUGAAAGCGUGUUCAAUAUAGCUAGCUAGCAAAGGGAUGCAAAUCCAUACUCUAACAAUUUAUAUUGAACCUCAUUGGUUGCAGUUAACUUAAGUGUACCUAAUACUAGCUGCAUUAAGAUGUUAUUCCAAACCACUGUUUGGUGUUAUAUGAAUGAACAGUGACAAGUCUUGGGUUUCCUCCUCCCCCCCCCCUUCCUCUUUUCCUCCUAUGGUGUGAUUUUCUGAAGAACUUAACAUUUCUCAGGAAACCGACAGUUUGCUCUUGCAUGGAAAGAUAUCAAACCAUGGUUUGUUUAUAAAAUAGGGUUUGAUCUUGUUUUGCUGGCAAAUUAUGGUGUGAGCAGAUCAUAAUUUCCUACAUGUGCAUGUAUGCUUUGGCAUUAUGCCUGAAUGCAGCUAUUGUGUUAGAUUGUUACUAAAACAUUAGGGAAACCAAGACUCUGUAUGAUAUAUUAUUUAUUGACAAUGUCUUGUGAAGUUAUAUAAAUAAAGGUUUAAAAAGUUUUAUUGGUGGCUAAGCCAAACAAUGUUAACAAGAAUAUUUUGCACAGAGAAUUUACCUACAUUUGAACUGAAUCCCCAAAAGUUAUGUGUUCAAUAUUGUCUCCCUUUUUUCAAAUUUGAGGAAGUCUGGUGUUGGGAAAGCUUUAAUGAUUAUUUCUAGUUGUACCAAUGCCAACACAGAACUUGUACCACCUUAAAGACCAACAUAUUAAUGUGGUUUAAACGGUUGGAACCUAUUUCAUCAGAUACACGAAGUGAUUGUGAAUUAGCAGAACGGUAGUAACAACUGAAACAGGGAACAAAGUAAUUUCCAAGAUACAGGUAAAUAUGGAGGCAAAUAAAAUAGUCUACAGCAAUGAUGGUAACUGCUAACAUGAGUGUCAGUGUGAUCUAGGAAUAUAAAAUAGAAUUUAUUUUAUAUUGCUAUAUAGUUUCACAGGUUAGGGAAAAUAUUCCAACAUGGCUACAUAGCAGAAUCAAGGGGUAACAAAGUUUCCAAAUAAAAAGGGUACAAAAUCCAGAAAAACAAAUGUAAAUUGACAAUAAGGAAAUGAGCAAAUUUCUGAAAAUAUAAAAGUUACUAAACAUUUAAAUACUUAAAAACAAAAAUCCAGGAGGCUUACUGAAUGGUGCAGAUGAAAGGGGGUGCUGAAGGAAAAUAGGAGUGAAACUAAAUGAUUUUCCUGAAAAUAUGCCAAAAUCUAAAAAUAUUUUUUCAGAGAGUACUGCUGAAGGACUACACCAAAGAGAAGUGACAAAUGGUGAAAUUUUAGAACCAAUUAACAAUUUUAAAAACCAACAAGUCACCAGAGCACAAUUGGAUUCACGAAGAAUGUAAAGUUGCUUAUCUAUUGACUGGAGUGUGUAAUAUUGCUGACUUUACCCUUCCUGUUGGGUCUGUCAGCUGCUUUUAUCCAUAACAGCUAACCUGAGCCUCCUAGCAAAUGCUGGAAAUGAACAAUAGAAUAUAACUACCAUUUUCAUUUCCUGCUUGUUAGCUUUUUUGGGUACUUGGCUGAGUUGGAAACAGAAUGAUGGACCUUGAAUUAUGUUCUUAUGUACGUUUUCUUAUCUAGAGUACUAGUGAAUCAUGAGACUUUUUAUGCUGUUUAAUAGCUAAUAGGUAGGUGUGUCAUAAGAACGUAAGAGCAGCCCUGUUAGAUCAGACUGUAGGCCCAUCUAAUUCACUGUUCUGUUUCCACUCAGACGCCUACAGGAAGCCCACAAGCAGAACAUAAGCACAAUGACACUCUCCUGCUUGUACUUCUUCAGUUCCUUCCUUCCUGAAAAUGUCCAUUCCUGUAUGAGUAUCUGCCCUACAUUUUCUGCAGUGAAGACUGAUGUAAUCUCUCUAAUCUCCUUUAGAACAAUUUUCACACCCUUUGGAUUCAACAGUUCAACUGCUUCCUUAUCCAGUUUCCUGCAUCUGAUGUAUUAUGAUUUUUUUUUUAUUGUUGGUCUUUAGCAAUAUGCUCUUCAUUCAUAUAUAUAUAUAUAUAUAUAUAUAUAUAUAUAUAUGCCUUCAUCAUUGCCUUCUUGCAUUUCUUUAACACAAAUUUGCGUUCCUUUUUGUUUUUCUCAAUUGGGCAAUCAUUUAGGCUUGUUAAGCAAGGAGAUGAGAUGGGAACCUCCUUGACUUGAUGGGACCUAUCAUGAUCUGUGAUGUACAUUUUAGCAGAGCAUCUAAUAUGGUUUUGAGUAACUGCAGGUGUUCUAGAGAGAUUUAAAUAAAUAAUAUCUAAAUAAGUAUGUUCAAUUUCCUUUUCAGCUUCCUUUUCACCAAUCCCCUUACUUCUUCCCACUUUACUAUAAGUUAAAUUUGAUACCACUGUAGUCACUGUUUCUAAUUUGUGCCAUUUAGGAUUAAGUCCGGGGUCAGUAUCCCUGUGGUCAGUUCCAUGAGCAACAAAUCCAGGGUUUAGUCAUUUAAGACACAUAUGGGGAACCUGUGCCCUGUUGCUGGACUACAACUCACAUCACCCCCUAGCACUGGAUAUGCUGAUGGAAGUUGGGAGUUCUGCAACAUCUGAAGAGCCACAGGUUUUCCACCCUUGAUUUUGAGUCCCUAGAAAUUUUACCUCUUUGUCAUGACUCGAAUAUGCAUUUAUUCAAAUCUGUGUGAAGGUAAUUGAAAUCUCCCAUUACUCUCAAAACCUCCUUUGAAUGCCUCGUUGUCUUCAUUCUUCAUCUCAAGAUCACUACUUUUAUAUGUGCAGAAAGCUCAUUUUAAUAUAAACCUGUUGUCAAAAAUGUUAUGGUUCAGCAACAGAUAUCUUACAUAAGGUUGCUGAUUGGCUGCAGUCUAACAGCGCAUGUGCAGCGUGCCUGGAACCCUCUACAAAAAAAAUAGUAAUCAUGCUGAUGAGUUGGCAGAAUUAAAUCCAACUCCCUCUCCCAACAGCUGAUAGAUAAGGCUACUGGUUUUUAAAGAGGGUUCUGUGUGUGCUGAUAAUUGCAUUGGAAAGUAGAAACCCAAGUACAUUGCCUAUUAGCACACACUGUUCUUGUUGCUGCUAGGGAUACAUACAUGCAUGGAAAAAAGGUUCCCUAUACGUCUGGCAACUAAGUGGAUCAGCGCUUAUAUAUUUUACAUUUGAAGCUGUGAUAAAUUAUAAAUAAUAUGUCAUGAUAUCUUCAAAAUAUUACCAUUUCAAACAUUAACCUGGAUAGAGAAAGAAUUUCUACAGAUACGUAAAGAAACUGAUCUAGCUACAGUUAACAACUACUGUACUUUUCUUUCCUCGUCUAAUUUUGUACAGAAUUAAGACAGAUAAUACUUUAUUUUAGUAAUUUUAUUCUGAUUACUAUAACUUACUUGUUAGAGGCUUACAAGGCCUUUAUGUGCAUAGAGUCAGUCAAAGAAUGCAAUUUGUAAUGUGAGGAACAAUGAGGAAAAAUUAAUGCAGAAAAGCUUUGUAAAUAGUAUUGUAUUGCAGAGGCCAAAUGUAUAUUUUUCUGUUGCAGAAGCUAAACCUGCAACUGAGCCUCAAUAACUUUAUCAACAUAAUCUACCCCAUAUUUUCAAGAAACAUGCUUAAAACAGAAUAUAAAUGAUUAGAAUGAACAAUACUCACGUUUCAAAGGAGAAUUAAAAUGACUUAAAUAAGUUUACAUUUUUUUAAAUGAGACUACUCUUGUAGAACUGAUACUUGGCAGAACCCUACAUAUAUUAAUAACAGAAAGAUGCAAUGUGUAUUAGUUUCAUUGAAACAAAUGUUACUUUUACAAGACUAUGGCUUUGUGAUUUGUGACCAAACAAGCUAUAUAUACAGUGUCUCUACAUUGUUUAAAAAACAGACCAUGGAAUAAUAACAAUAUUGAACUUUACUCUUCACCACCCCACCACCCCUUCCCUUAUUUGGAUUUACUCAUUAGAAUUACGAAAUAUUUCUAGUAUUUCUUAAGUCCUUAUAUGACAAUGGCAGUAUCUUUAAAGGAGAAAAUCUUCAAAUGUUUACUCAGUUAGAUAAGCCCUCUUAACUGUCUCUUGAUGCCAAACAUUUCAUUCUGUAUAAUUGUUCAGUUGAUAAAGAAUGACAAUGAACCAAACCACUGCUUAAUUUCUUAGGGGAGAGGUUUGGUAUACUUGGUAUACUGAUACCAAGAAUUUCCUGGAAGGCUUGUCCUUGAAAUCUUUCUGCUAAAACAGCAUUUUGGGACUAACUUUGAGAGGGAAUAGUACUUUAUUAUUGGAAUUCUUACAUAAAUCUGCAAGGCCCACGUGCCCUUAGUUCAAAUUGGGGUUUUAAUUCCCUGCUACAGCUGUAGGUGAAUUCCAUUUCCCUCCUGUAUUUUUUAGUGGAUUGGGGAGAUUCCUUCUUUUGAUCCUGUUUUAGACAUAGAGUUAAAACCAGUGCAUAAGGGUGUUGAAAAGGUCCAAAAGAACCCUAGACUUUCCUGAGGCUUUUUAGCUGGUGCAUGCUCAGAAACUGAGGUCUGUGUACCUGUUGCCUCUAUGCUGGUGUGGAAGAUGUCCUCCAAACCCAAUAAAUGACCAUAGGAUGGUGGGGGCAGUAGGAAUGGACCGUGAAGCACUCUCAGAAACCUCUGUGUGAAGCUGAAGAAGGGGAAGUGGUGUGCAAAGUGGGGCUUUAAUUAAUUGAGGGGGGACAGGAGAAAGUGUGUGUGAGAGAGAAAAGUGUGGGAAGAGGAUCAUGAUGAGUACCAGCAACCUUUUUUCUAGAGGGGGAAAAAGUACUGCUCGAUAUCAUUGGCAUCAUUGAGGUUAUGUGAGGGUGACUCACUUAUGUAACUGGUUUUCCUAUACCAAAUCUGAUCUAUGGAUCCGUCUAGGUGAGUGUUUGUAUUUUCCAUUGAAAAUAACGGAAUGUGUUUCCCAUUGAUAAUAAUGGAAGUUGUAGUCUGUGGUAGCACUUUAAAAGCUAAAGAAUGAGGCAGGCCAUAAGAAGGGAUAUGAAUACCAGAAUUUCUCCAUUUGAUAAAAUCUUCUUCAUUCUUUUUCCAACCAUUGCCAGCCAGAUGCGUCUGGAUGCUGACAAGUAGGGAGUGAGAGCUUAAAUAAUGCUCUCAGAACUUGAUUUGUGAGCUUUUAAUGAUUAAGUAUAAAUGAUGCAGUAAUCUGAAAUGUGGGAGGGGAAAUCAUUGAGAUGCCCCAAAUAAAAAUUAGGGGAGUCUUUGGGUUAUGUCUUGGGAAUGGCAAGGCAAGAAUCUGGGUGAAGCUGAAACUAGAGGUGGGCUGGGUUUGAAUGGGGGGGGGCUGUUUUAAAGUUGUAUCGCACUUCAGAAACAUACUGUCAACCAGUGCUGUUUAUGCAAGAGCCACAUCACAUGCUCUGACAUGCUCCACCAACAUCUGAGCAGCCACAUCUUGUUCCAGUUAACAUUUCUGGACCCUUUUAAAAUGCAGAUCACAUUAGACUAAUAAAAUACAUUACAUUACAGUACUGUAGUCUAGUCUGGAUGUCACUAGUACAUGGGUAACCAAUGGCCUAGUCACACUUCCGUUUGUCUCGUGAUUUCAAGUCAUGGGUCCAAGAGGUUCUUUUGUCCUGCCGCUUUUCCUAGGAAAACCCAUUGUUUACUGCUGAAUCUGAGCAGACAUUAAUCUGCAAACACCCUGAUUGAUGUUUGUUCAGAUUCUGCAGUGGCUUUGCAACAGGACAAAAAAAAAACCCCUACCACCUCUCAACCCGUGACUUGAAAGUAAAUGACAAAUGGAAAUGUGCAUGAGUCCCCAGUUUAGAUCUCCCUUCUCUAGAUAGGGUUGCAAUAUGGUAAAAUGCACUCCUCGGUAAUGCUUUCACAGAUAGUGCCAAGACUGGUAGCACACAUCCAUCCAGAUACAUCAGGUUUCUUCCCCAUAGUGCUAUCGGCUUGUCUGGAUUAUCAUAAGCUUGUUUUCUCUCACCCAAAACAAAACUACCUUCAGAUACCAAUUCAUUAAGUCCAAAGCUUCCUGGGAUAUAAGGCAGAGCUGCAUGUCAUUUGCAUGUAAAUAAAUGGUGGUGCAACCCAAACCUCUGGAUUAGUUCUCCCAGUGGUUUUUAUGUAGGUCAUUGUGCUAUAAAUAUGUUUAAUUGUAUAUUAAGUGGCUAAUAUUUUACAGGCUAUGAGAAGACAGAUGAUGUUUCAGAGAAGACCUCACUAGCUGAUCAGGAAGAAGUGAGAACUAUAUUUAUCAAUCAACCACAAUUCUCUAAAUUUUGUAACAAUCACGUAAGGUAUUUAUAACUAACUCUUAUAACCUCUUUAUAAUUUGCAGUUGUUAAUUUUGUUUUUAUUAAGUUGCAAUUUUAUAUUGUCACGAUUUAUGUACAGUUUUAAAGAAAUGGGAGUGUUAAGAAAAAUCUGGCAGGACAUGUUACCUACUCUUAGAAAAAGUUAAUUCACUCUGAAUGGGGACUUGUAAAAAGAGAUUCAUGUUAGCAGUUAAAUCAGUUAACUGGAAGUUAAUAAUAAUUGAUGCCUGAAAGAAGAACAUUCCUAAUGUUUUCCAAACAAAGCUACAAUAAAUUCUAGAGUGUUUGAGAUUGAUGUUGCUAUUUUUUGUUUUUAGUACCCAGGCACCAGUGCUAAACUGAAAUGGUUAUUAUUCAUUAUAAAAAUAUUGGAUGGGAUCAAACCCUAACAGUAGCUUUAUACAGUAGCUACAAAUGCAGUGGAGAUGGUCAGAACUCUGUUGUGGAAGGAAAUGGUGUGCUGCUUUUCCUAACUGCAGCUGCUUCCAAAGCCAGUGGUGUAUUAGUGAAACUGGUCAGAUUCAUUCAUUCAUUCAUUCAUUCAAGAAUAAGGUUAUAAAAAUAAAUCAUUUUCCUAGGAAGGCUUGCUGAAAUAACCAAGCCUCAAGUUGGUACUUAAAACUUAUUGUAGGGGGUGCCAGCUUCGUAUCAUUAGGCAUGCAACUCUCUGGAAGAAGCAAAGACCUGUCUCACUUAUGCAGCAGUUUGGAGAAGGUUAGAAACAGCACGGGAUUCUCCCACUAUUUCUUAUGUACUUCAAACAUCGACAUAUGAGACAAGACUGUGUCUUUGAGUUCUUUAGUAAGCACAGAGGACUUGGAAGAAAGAUUCACUUUGGAAAAGGGAAGGAAAGGCUGAUGGGACACUUGCUCCUGGCAUGCUGGCAAGUUAUAUUGUGGACACCUGUUCAAAGGAGAGAGGACAAUAUCCCAUUUUUUUCCAUCCAACAAAAGUGUAGUAUCUAAUGUGUUAACGCCAUCUACUGGAUAUUGAAGGAAAUAAAAUGAAAGAUUUUAAAACAAACAUGGAGAGAAAGUACAAUAGACUUUCUUAUGCAAAAUUACCUCAGAUGAGAGCUUGGGACAUUGCAGAGUAGCAUUAUCUGAAGCAACAACACCUUGAGGCUUCAGUAUAAACACAUAAGCCCUAGAACAAUUUGCACUACAUGUGCGCAAGUUGUUAUGACAUUAAUAUCACAUGAUUAAACAACUGUGUGUAGUUUAUUUUGAAAUACAUUCUGGAUUUCUUCCUCCAUAUAUACAUAAAAACAUGAGGCUAUCAUCACACAGCUCCCACGGAAGGAUUUGAGAUGUUGCAUCAUGAUCCUGGAUUUGCAUGAAGUCAGGGCACAGGAGGGAAGCAGAAGAGAAGGUAGACUGCACAAAUGUGGCAAUAGGAGUGAGAAGGGACAAGCACAGAGGGGGAAAGUGCUGGUUUAAAACAACACAACAGUUUGAGUAGGGAUGGAGGAAACUGCGAGAAAAACAGUGGUUUUAAAUUACUGCAGAGGUUUGCAUAGAAUACUUUGGAAUAUUUGAUGGCUCUGCAUCCUUGAUCUCUCUCACAUGAGGCAACUGAGGAAUGGAGGAGGCAGAAAUUUGGAUACAGCAAGCAUGGGGUGGCAGUUUAAAAUAGAAGUUUGAGUAAAAUGAGAAGGGGGUUAGGAAAGGCCCUGUUUAAAGGCCUUUUGGUGUCAGCUUGUUUGUUAUAGCAGAAAUGGGUACAACCAGGGCCAGCCUGCACAUGAAGGGGGCUGAAGCAGCCACCUAUGGUGGCAGGAUCCUACAAGGCGGUGCGAGAGUUCCUCAAGGUUUUGCAGGAGUUCUGCAAAAUCUCCUCGAAAGCCUCCAUAGCCACACAACCCCAGUAACCAAGGCUUUGCAGCGGGGGCACCUUCCCACUUUGCCCCAGGCAGUGAAAUGGGACAGACCUCCCCUGGGUACAUAUCCUUGCUAAAACUUGCAAAGGUGGCUGCAGAAUAGGAGAGAGGAGGAGCCAUGGAAAUGGAGGUGGCAUGUGCGUAAGGGAGAGUUGAGAAAAGAGAGGAGGAAAGUGGAGUGGGGGGGGAGGGAUUGAAUGUGAAAACGGUGCAAAAGUGGUUACAAAAAAGCAGGGAGUAGAAGGCAUGGGAACGUAGUUGAAGAUGAAAGCAGAGGCAUGAAAGGGUCUGACAAAUAGGAGGGGAUUGUGGCAUCAUAAUUGGGCAGAAGGUGAAAAGAGUGCUAAGUCGUUGCUAUGUUCAGAAGGAUGCAGGAGGUUACCAUGGGAGUGGUCUGUGUGCAAAAGGGGGUUGAACAACAGGAGGGCAAUAAGGAGGUGGGAACGUGUUGCAAAGUAGGUCUGCAGAACAGCAGGGAGAAGUGGCUUCAGAAAUGGGUUGGGAAGUUGAAAAGUGAACUUGGUAGUUGUAUGGGGUGAGAAGGGCAAACUCUAGGAGGUUAAAGUGGAGGAAUGGUGGUGUGGUUCGUGAGUAGAAUGAGCAGGGGCACAACCUCUAGUAUGCAAAUAUUUUUGUGUUUUGUAUUUGAUAUAUGGCUUAGUGGAGCAUUUUUAAUUUAAAUUUUUUAGAAGUAUACACCAUGUAGGUUUUUUUUAAAGUGUCCAUGACAUUCACACCAAAACUUACGCAUGUAUAUGGCACUGAAAAUGGCUGUGUCCUGGGCUCAUUUUGAGUUUUCUUGGAUACAGUUUGAAGCACUGUGAGAAACUGCAAAAUAGUUUUAAGCAGUGACCACAAAAGGAAAAAUAAAUAAUUGUAGAUUGUGAGCAUUGACUGUUCCAUAAUACUGCCUCCACAGUAUUGAAAGGUAUCUUAUGGAUUAGUGCAUUCUGAAUACAGGGUGCUGUGUGAUUUUUAUCUCUAUCUCUUAACUACAUACAGUUUUAAUCUCUGUUUCUUAGCACUGCAAAAUACAACUUAAUCACAUUCCUGCCGAGGUUCCUCUAUUCCCAGUUCAGAAGAGCUGCUAAUGCCUUUUUUCUUUUCAUUGCAUUGCUUCAGGUAAGCUAGACGAGGUAAAUAUAUAUUUAAUAAUAUUCAAUUGUUAUAUGUCAAAAGUAAAAUUGCUUUGAAUGUCCCUGAAAUGCCAGGUCCUCAUCUAUUCGAUUUGAGUGGUGUGGUACUACUUCAUGGAAAAUGUCUUUGAAAUGCAUUGUUUUAACACUGGAGAAUUGUCGUGUUUAUAAACAGUGAUGCUUUUACAAAUGCAUAAUGUCUGUGUUCACAUGUAAUGCUGAGCCAACUAUCUAGGUGAGCUGCAGAAAACUUGAGCAUAGGAUUGGGCUCAUAUGCUCUCCCACUCCCCUCUUCUCCCACAAAUUUACUGUCACUUCCAAAGAAUGUUGGCUUGUUAUGUCAUAUGGACAAGGAAUCCUGGCUCACAACAAAUUGUUAUGUUUAAAAACCUGGUGCAUAUGACAGAACAAGCUGACACUCUCUGAAAGUGAAACUGAUCUUUGCCAAAGUCCUUCUUCUGCCACAUGGGAAGAGGAAAGGGGAGCGGGAAGCAUACAAGCCCAGCUCUUUGCUUUGGCUCACUGCAGCUUAUCUACAUAACACUAAACCAUGGUUUUAUGUUCUUACUGAUGCAGUCACAUUGUAAUAGAAGCUUACUGUACACUCACUUUAACAGUUGUAUUUUUCACACUUGACCCAAAAUUAAGAAUUACUAGGAGAAAAGGAAAUUUAUGUGUCUACUCAUCAUACUGUUUAGGGACUUUGCCAUAGUAACCGAUUCUAGAAACUGAUUCUCACUGCAGUUGCUUCUUCUGCAAGGAGUUGCACUAAAAGUAAUAGGGUACCUGGGGAUAGAGGGGAAUAAGACAGUGUCUGGGCAGCGGCGGAGCAAGCCGAUCAGGCGCCUGGGGCAGCGCAUGUGUCCUGCGCCCGGGGGUGGGGCCGACCGCCCCACGGGGCGGAGCGAGCCGGCACAGGACACUCUGCAGGGCCCCCUAAGGAGUCUGCCUGCCUCCUCCCACUCAGCUGCCCUACAACUGAGGGGGAGGUGGCGGGCGGACCGUUUGGGGUAGCGCAGAGCCUGCAGGUGCCCAAGCCACCGCAUCACUCCCUGGAGAGACGCGUGGCUCGGUCACUCUGCAGGCCGCGCGAUGAGUGCCACCCGGCAUUUUGUCACCCCCUUCAGUGGUUACACCUGGGGCAGACCGCCCCCAGCGCCCCCACCGCACCCCCCCUUCCUCCUCCCCUGUGUCUGGGAAAGUAGGCUGGCAAACUGCUCCUCAGAUAUGGGUUGUUGGGAGAGCAGAAGAGUAGGGUGACAGGAGUAUUUGGAAGCAGUAGUGUGGCAGGAAUGUAACAUAUGACAGUGAUGGGCAAUUGGAUAGUAAAGGUAAAGGGACCCCUGACCAUUAGGUCCAGUUGUGGCCGACUCUGGGGUUGCGGUGCUCAUCUCGCUUUAUUGGCCGAGGGAGCCAGCGUGUGGCCAGCAUGACUAAGCCGCUUCUGGCGAACCACAGCAGCGAACGGAAACGCCGUUUACCUUCCCGCCGGAGCGGUUCCUAUUUAUCUACUUGCACUUUGACGUGCUUUCGAACUGCUAGGUGGGCAGGAUCAGGGACUGAGCAACGGGAGCUCACCCCGUCGCGGGGAUUCGAACAGCCGACCUUCUGAUUGGCAGGUCCUAGGCUCUGUGGUUUAACCCACAGCGCCACCCGCGUCCCCUAGUUGGAUAGUACUUGACAUCAAUUCUAUUCCAUGCUUCCGGGUGGUUCUUGAGCCAGCUUUUCAAGGUACGAAGAAGCAGGAGACAAGAAAUACCCAAGAACAAUAUGGGAGAUUCUAAGCAAUGCAGGGGCAAAGUUGGUUUUAUCCCAAGGUUUGGGAAUCUAGCAAGAUUUGUAUGAGAAAGAAGCUUAGGUGAUAGGAGAUACCGUAUUGGCCUGAAUAUAAGCCUCACUUUUCCCCCAAAUUCUGACUAAAAAGUGUGGCUUAUAUUCAUGACCUUACGGUAUGCAGCCAGGAGCGCGGGGCAAACAGCACCAGGAGCCUGGCAAAGCAGCACCCACCCCGUGAGUCGUCUCCCGUCCUCUCCCCCAAGGCCGGGAAGGGGAGAAUGAGGAAGGGGAAAGGCCAACGGCAACGCAGCGCAGCCCCCCAGCCAUCCUGUAUGCAGCCAGGAGCAGCGAGGAAUGGAUGGGCUUAUAUUCGGGUAUUUUUUUUUCCCCUCCAGUUUUAAAGGUGCAGCUUAUAUUCGGGUGCAGCUUCUAUUUGGGCCAAUAUGGUAGCAAGUGGAAAAAGCUGAGUAGUGAGCAGUUAGGAACAAUAGCAACAGUAUCCCAGGGUUUCCCAUUUAAAAGUGAAAUGCCUGUUGCUUCAUUCAAACUUUCAGCAUGUAUUUGAGAAUUGUCAUUUUACAUUUAAAAGUGGGUUUUUGUAUUAAACUGUAGGUUUUGUAUGGUUAUUUAUUUCUGCUUAUAACAACUAAACAGUUUUUUUUGCAAUGAAGUCUACAUUUCCGUCCUCUCUUUUUCUUUAGCAAAUUCCAGAUGUUUCUCCAACUGGACGUUAUACAACAUUGGUUCCGCUCUUAUUUAUUUUAAUUGUAGCAGCUGUAAAAGAAAUAAUAGAAGAUAUUGUAAGUAUUUUUUCCAAAUAGCAUCAAAUCCUUGUAUUUAUCUUCAAAUAAUGUAUAUUCUUUAAAUUACGUUGGGUUGAAUCCAAAGGUACCCUUGUGCAGAAGGUUAUAUUUGGAUCCAACCUACAAGUUUUUUAAAAUGAUGCCGCCAUCUUGUAGUAGCUGUUUCAAAAUACAUUUCUCAUACCCUUCUAAUAUCCUUUCUUUUUUGAUAUAUAUAUAUAUAUUUCAUUUGAAAAGACCUGUAACUCUUUUAUGCCUGGGAUGCUGCUUUGUUUUUAUAUUCAUAUUAAUAAAAUUUCUAGAAACGGGGGUGUUAAUAAAUGCUAUCAAUUCUUAAAGCUGCAAUCCUAGAUAUAAUAUUGUAUGUGCUAAGAGCAAUUAGAUUAAAUUGAUCUUAAGCGUGACAAGCUACAGUACAUAUUUACUUGGAAGUAAGUGGGACUUGUGUGUGUGUGUGUGUGUCCCCAUCCUAGGGUCAAAAGCUGCUAUUGAAAAAACAGAAAGGUUGUUAGAAUUAUGGAUCCAUUGACUGCCUUGUUUGUGGUAUGUGUGUGUGUGAGAAUAUGAUGGAUAUGGGCAGGUGUAUUUGUUCCUAUGCAGUCAACUAGGAGAGGAUGACAAGAUGUAGGUUGAUGUGAAGUUGCACCAUCAGGUUUUCAUUGUUGCAUUGGAUUGUUAGUUGGGAAUCAAGGAAAGCCAGUGGUGGGUAACCUCUUUCAGAAUGAGUACCUUAUUCCCAGCUGGACAGGAUGGGCAGCAGAAAUAUAAGCUUUGCAAUCACUCUCUACUGUCCUGGAGGGAUGCAUUUGGCCCUUUAUCUAGGCAGUGGAGAGUGAUUGCAGAGCUUAUAUUUCUGCUCCCCAUCCUGCCUUAGGGCAAGAAUCUAGUGGCAAUGCUGUUGCAAAUGUACCAUUGUGCAACAAGAACCCCAAUCCCCCACUCCCAGACACAGAUUCCUAAAUGAGCGGCUUUCACUUUUAGUUUCUACCCAUCCCCACCCCCAAAAUAGCGCAGCAUUCUGAUAUUUCAGUACAGUAGCUUCUAACAUUGUCCAAUUUUGUUUCAGAAAAGGCAUAAAGCUGAUAAUGCUGUGAACAAGAAGAAAAUUCAAGGUAAAGACAUGCCACAGCAAUUUUUAAAAAUGUACAGUGAAGAAAAUUGAAGUCAUGUGAAUUAAUUUGGCUUCCAUUGUUACUAUGACUACUUUUGAAAAGCAGAUAUAGAUACUUGAAUAAUAUGUGCUCUACCUAGAAAGUUGGCUACUUUCAGCCUCAUUUGUCAUCUCUAGAAUGUGGUUGUGGAUAAAAGCAUCUGUGUUGUUGAGAAGAGUGCAGUCCUAAGUGGGAAGGAGAGGGAAUGAAAUGAUGGGAAAUCUACCAGCCAGGUCAGGAAGUGUCCCCACCCCACCCCCGAAUCCAUUGGACAAUUGGUUACACCACCUUCAGGCUGGUGUAGAUGGGCAGCCUGCUCCUGGGGCCUCAUUGUCUAAUGAAGGGUCCCCAUUCCAUUCCUAGAAAGUCCACUUUGAGACCUAACCCUGGCUAUUGCCAGCAGGAACACCACUGAUGACAGAUCUAUGCCUGCAGGGCUUUUCUUGGGCAUAAUAUAGGCCUCUGCAGCAAACGUGAUCACCCACCCACCAGGGAGCAUUUUCUCUGCUGACAGCAGGACAAUUCCGUAAAACCCUAACCCCCUCCAGCCAACCUGUGAUUUAGGAUUGCUCUGUAAGUUCUUUGCUCCAUUCUUGAAAGAGAGAAUUUUGUGCGAAAAUAAAAUAAAAAUAGGUGAACCACAAACGUUUCCUAGUCAAUAAGCAUGGUCUCUAUGUUGACACAUGUUAAGUGUAGGACUGCUUUUAUUGAUAGUGUGACAUGGUUAUGAUGCAUUUUUGUAGUUAUUUAUAAAUCGUUUUGUUAAACCGUUCCUAUAGUUUGGUUUUAUUUAAUAUCAACAUUUGUGUUUUCACUGGUUUUUAAUUUUUUAGUACUGAGAAAUGGAGCUUGGGAAAUUGUGCACUGGGAAAAGGUAGGUUAUCUCUUUCGUGUUCAGCAUAAAAGUGUAAAUACUGGAUUUGAUCCAAAAAUAGAAGAGAUGGAAAAUACCUGAUGGUGCUGUUCUACAGAUUUCUGGCACCAGAUUAGGCAUAGUACUAGGGAGGUUGAAGUUCCGGUCUUAAUGCAGGAGCUUACACAAGCUUUUGUGCAAAUGGAAGAACAUCUUAGUAUUUCAUCUCUGUCUUCUUGUGCAACUUCUGCACAAAGAAAGAUACCAACAAUAGAAAUAAAGUAAAUUAGAAAAGAAAAGCUACUUUUAAAUGUGAAUUUUAUUUCUUUAUUUAAGACCAUUUCUGUAUGGCUUAAUAUAUGAAAUAUAUAGAUUUUCAUGCAUUUCCACAUAGAGGCAGUUUAAUACUGAAUCUGGCACAAAUGCAUCCCAGUGCCUCUUUAAAAAGAUAACUUCUGCCUUUCAUAGUGCUGUGAGUUCGACCGAGUCCCUGUGUUGGAACAGCAGUAGUAAUCAGCACUGUGAGCAUUCAAAGAAACCCUUCUGCAAUGUUGCUCUGCCACCAAAGGACUUUGGGGGAGGUAAUGGUUUUCCAACGGUUCCUUGUCUCAUUCCAAAGUUGGUCAAUGUGGCCUCCUCCCCUUAGUGUCAAUGCAACUUUGUGCUAAUGAAACACCACAAUAAUGAAUUUAUUGCCUCACUUGCUUAACUGUUCUGGUACAAGCCAAUUCUGUUGUCCAUUAAAUGAGUCAUGUAACCUGACUGCAAUAUAUAGUUAGGGAAGACUAAGAAAUGGACUGCUGGAAUAAAAUAAAAAUGGGUUAUGUAUUUUUUAAUUUCACUAAAUAUGAUUUAAUCAAGUUUACAUAAUCACAAGAGUGAUUGAUCUCUCCUUCAGAAGUUUCAGCUGGGCUUUCUCCGUUAUAUGCUUUGACUGAAGCCAGGAAAGAUCUUUCUAACCAUUAUCAUAAUUAGCCUCCUGGGACUCCAAUACAGUAAUUUUGCUUGGAAGAGCCCAUAGCUCAGUGAUAGUAGAUCACAUGGUGUGCAUGCAGAAGGUCUCAGAUUCAAUCCUAUCAUUAAAAUGAUCCCAGGUAUUACUGCUGGGAAAUAAUAUCUGUUUGAGGCUUUGUAGAACAAAUGCUAGUUGAAGUAGACAAUACUAGUCUAAACAGACCAAAGGUGUAAUCAUGUUGCUCCUCCCUGGUCUUUAUUUUACUCCUGUGCCAUGCAGAGGAAAACCAAUCUGUUAAGUAUAGAAAGAAUAUAGACAGAUGAGAUUUCACUUCCAGUUUAUUUCAGUGGAACACUGGUAUUUUUGGAACACCUUUGCAAGUUCCAGUUUAAGUAGUUUACCAGUUUUAUUAGGCAACACAUAUUUAAAUAUAGUAAAAAGAUUAAGAGCUGUUUGUUAGUCUCAGAUUAUUAACCAAAUCCUAGUUUUCUUUCAGGUAGAUGUUGGAGAUAUAGUUUUAAUUAAAGGCACAGAAUAUAUACCUGCUGAUACUGUACUACUCUCAUCAAGGUAGAGAAUACCCAUCAACGCUUCUGGUGUAGAGGCUGGUUUCUCUACCCUUGCAUUGACUUUAUAAAUGCUUCAAGGAAAUAAAGAAUAAACAGAAGCACCUUUUACCUCUAUUCUCAGUUUGGUUCAAAGUACUGAAAUACUGCAUUACUGAAAUUAUUGAUUUACAAGCUAAACAAAAUUAACUUACAAUGACUGGAUAAAGGCCUUUAUAGGACAGAGGCUUCCAAUCAGUCUGAUGCUAUUUACACAAAAAGUAUUUUAAUGCUUAAAGUUAUUUAGAAGACCAGAAAGCAUGCCAUUGGGGGUAUUCUGAGGCGAUUGUUUUCACACAUGAAAAAACAUCCAGUUUCUUCAUAACAUCAGCAUGCCAAAUAUUACAUUUAAUAUUUGAAAGAUUUAAUCAUGGAGGUUGUUUAUCUUUAUUUCCUUGAAAAACUUUAUUUACAAGUCCAGACCAAAUAUUUAGAGGAUGCAAUUUUUUCAAAAUCUAUUAGACCAUAUCAUUAUAUGAACUUUUAAUAACCUUAAAAGAAGAUUUUUUUAAGAUGUUAAGUGAACAAUUUGUCAUAAUGUUUACUUGGUUUUUUUUGUUGUUGUUGUUAAAAUGAGGCAUCUAUUAUUUAUACUUUGCAGUAUGAAUUGGCUUGUAAGGCCAGUAUAUAUAUUACCAUAUUUGCUCGGCUUACUGUCUCAAUGGCCGUUAUUUUUUCAAUACAAGUCUCAGUAUUUUGGGGCUGCAGUUCUAAGGUGCAGGGCGAAGGAAUCAAAGGCCUCAUCCAGAGCCCUGCUGUGUUCUCACUGGCAGGAUAGAAGUGAGAACGUCCAUUUGCUGGAUUUUUUCCUCUCCCAGUAAUUCUAGUAUGAGGGAAAGUGAUGAGAAAAGUCUAGACUCAGACAGCCACCCUUACUUUGGAACUCCCUGACUACUGGCAUCAGGCAGGCAGCUUCACUGUAAAAGGUAAAGAUAAAGGGACCCCUGACCAUUAGAUCCAGUUGUGGCUGACUCUGGGGUUGCGGCGCUCAUCUCGCUUUACUGGCCGAGGGAGCUGGCGUACAGCUUCCGGGUCAUGUGGCCAGCAUGACUAAGCCGCUUCUGGCGAACCAGAGCAGCGCACGGAAAUGCCAUUUACCUUCCCGCCAAAGCGGUACCUAUUUAUCUACUUGCACUUUGACGUGCUUUCAAACUGUUAGGUUGGCAGGAGCUGGGACAGAGCAAUGGGAGCUCACCUCAUUGCGGGGAUUCAAACCGCCGACCUUCUGAUUGGCAAGUCCUGGGCUCUGCGGUUUAACCCACAGCGCCACCCGUGUCCCUUAGCUUCACUGUAUUAUACGCUAAAAACACUUUUGUUUAGCCAAGCCUAUCCAGAUAUAUAGAAGCUGUCAUGUGUUUUAAUCUGGUUUCAGUUUAUUGUUGUUUUUAAUUAUUAUUUUUUCAUCAAUUCUGGUGCCGGACUGUGCCUAGCAGACAACCAGUUUUGGAUUUACUAUCCUUUAAUAAGUGGACAGUCAUUGUUCCACCAUUGUUCCAUUUGAUGCUUGUAUUAGGAGAUAGCUUUUAUAGAUUGGCCUUGCCAACUAGCCCAAUAAAUAGAGAAGAGGUUCUGGUACCCAUCCCACAUCUCAUGCAAUAGAAGAAUUGCUUUAUGUUUUGUUUCUUAAUGGAUAUUUUUAAAGAAAAAAAGCUGCAGAGGAAAUAACUACUUCAGGGACCAUUCUAAACUGGAAGCGUGUUUGCUUUAAUUGAACAUGAAUCCUGCUCAUUUUUAAAAAGCCGAUGCCCAGAAUUUUGGCAACAUUAUUAUUAUAAUUAUUCUCCUCAUGUCCUAUUCCAUUGCUAAAAGAAGGUGUUAAUUUCAAAAUAAAAUCAAUUCAAGCGGGAGUUUUUAUUUUUACAUUUAGUGUUCAUUUUAAUUUCUUGAGAAAAUGUGGGAAUACUUUUCUGGGAACCUUGGAGAACCAUGGAUUCCAGUAGUAAUGGAGGAAUCCUCCAGAAGUGACUCCAGAAGCAUCCAUAGCCUUUCCCCAUAACUCAAUAUAAUUCUCAGAGCUACAGUAUCAUGACUUUGCCACUGCAUAUCUUAAAUAACCAGAUGCUUACAUUUUAACUAUUCUAAGGGUUGUUGUUUUUCCCUUAAGAGUUUGUACCUAAAUAUAUAUAUUUAUUAAAUAAUAUUUUAAUUCUGAUGUGUCUAUAUCAUUACCAUAUUUUCCUGGAUCCUAUUAAAAUAGAUUUUGAAAAAAAAGCCAUCAAGCAUUUAUUAACAUACUUUGUAUAGUAAUUUCCAACUUUUUGUCUCUUUUUGUCUUUUGUCCGUUUGAUUUCCUGCCCUUUACUUGUUGUGUUAUAAUCAUUUUAAAAAUUUUAAAUUGGGAUAUGUAGGUUGCAGUAGGGGAAAUAGUGAAAGUCACCAAUGGGGAACACCUCCCAGCUGAUCUCAUCAGUCUGUCUUCAAGGUUAGAAUGAACCAGUUUCAGAACAAAUGUGUAUGUGGGUCCUCUUAGGCCAAAGCAGUGUUUCUGCCAUCAACCAUUUACAUAUUAAUUGUGUACAGAAAUUGAAUUCUAGAAAUAAUGCAGCAUUCGUAUAAAAUAGGAGAGCAAGAGAGGUUUACCUGGGCUUAAGCAAAAGGACUAUUUUAGCUUGAGUUCUUAAAGACUAUUAAGACUGCAAUCCUUUCCAUGUUUACUGUGGUAUAUACCCUAUUUAAAUAAAUGGGUCAUACUUCUGAGUUAACAUGCAUAGGAUUGCAGUAACAAACACAAAUGCAAGCAUAUUUGAACAUCCAGAAUUUGCUUUUCUUGCCUUCCUGUUACGUAUGUAAUUACACCAUACUUAAUAAUGCUAUAUUAUAAAAGAAACUGUUUCUUUGAAAUGGUUCAAUGUGCAGCUGCCUGUAUUGAAAUUAGUUAAAUCUUUACAUCAUUAAAUACAUUCUUUUUAAAGUUUUAACUAAUGUCCAUAUUUAUAUGCUAAAGAACCUGCUUUCAGUAAUUUUAUAUAACACUCAAAAAUUAGCAAUUAUUAUACUUGAGCUUUUAUAGUGGACCCUCAAUACAAACGUAAAUGUUGCACAUUUUGUACUGCAUGCAGUUAGCAAAUAGUCAUAUUUUUCUUUGUAGAAAUAUUGCACGAUACUUGGUAUACUUCAGAUUUUGAAAGUCUUUGUGCUGUGAUUGCAUCUUAUUUUGAUUUCACUAAUCAAAUUCCAAUCUGAUGUCUCUAGUGGAGCAUGUGUCCUUUCUUUUUAAUGUUUCUGCUGCCUUGUUUAUUUUCAAAGUCCAUACAAAAUAUGCAGCCCCAUGUUAUGCAUGUUAACUCAGAAGUAAGCCCACUGACAUCCGUGGGACUUACUCUGUGAAUAGGAUUACAGCCUUACUUUGUAUUUAUAAAAACACAUGAAGUACGACAGAAUGUAAAUAUGUAUCAACUAAUUAGUAUAGUGAAAUAGUCUAAAUUCUAAUCAGUAUUCAGUCAUUUACACUUAAAGAAAAGAAGGCCAGAAGAUAGCUCAAUAUGAAAUUGAGAAAUGUGGUGUGGAAACAUUUUGUAAUUCAACUAAAGGUUGGCACCAAUCACACUGCUAAAGAGGAUAUUCCACAAAAGACCCUCUUCGGUGUCACCAUAUAAUUCACUUCCUUUAAUGAUGAGGCAUAGAGAAAAGCCCCAUUGGAGCAGCUUAAGAUAUGGCCAGGCUAGUAUAGGUUCAUUCAAGUAAUUGGUCCCCAAGCCAUUUGAAGCUUGUCUUUCAGAAUCAGAUUAAUAAGAAUAUUUCUUUAUUAACUGGUUGAUUUUAAAAGACUUCUAAACCGCUUAACAUUUAGGAAUUGCAAAGUGGUGUGCUAUAUAGUAAAUUUAUACAAUAAUAGUAAACAUAAUAGUAAAUUGGAAACAAAAUGAAAUACAAUUUCCACAGUUACCAGCAAUAUACACCCAAUAGUCAGGAAAUGCUUUGGGGAACUGAAAGGUCUUCAGCAUACAUUGAAAGCAUAGGAUAGGCAGUGCAUCUGGAAUAAUGGUUCUGCUUCUGUCAGUUUUUUCCCCAUAUGUGCUUCAUGUUGCAUAAAUUCAAAGUGCAAAAGUUUGGCUAACUCUGCAGAGUGCUUUAUUGUUUUGUGGUAUGUGAUUCUGCAGAUUGUAGUAUUAGCAUGGUGUCAAAUAUGUUUAUUUGGCUAGCAUUCUUUGCUUAAUAUUUUUCUAAGAAUCUCUUAAGAUCUGGAAUAUUUUCUCUACUUAAAGUAUAAGGCAGUAUGAUCACUGAUCAACUUUGUGUGGCUUACUAUAUAUGGAUUAGUAUCAAAGCUCAUACUUUGAUAAUCAUGUUCUACAAAUGUGAAUGGCUGAUUAUAAAUAUAAUUUAUUUUUGAAAAUAACAUACUAAAGAACGGAUAUAACUUUUAAAGUGAUCAACUCACAAAAAUGAAUCUUUCCCCCCCUCUAAGUGAACCACAAGCUAUGUGCUACAUUGAAACAUCAAAUUUAGAUGGCGAAACCAAUCUAAAAAUACGACAGGUAAGUUGAUGUCCAUCAAUUAAAAAUGUUUAUGUUGCCAUAAAGUGUUGCUUCUGUUGUCACUAAUGGAUAGUGAAUGGGAGAUAAGAUAUAUGAACGAACUGCCAUUCAGGACCAGAGGUGUGCAUACAAUUCUUCUGGACUGCAUAAUGCCAAAUGAUUGGGUAUCAAGUGUUCUUGUUGUCUCCAUUUGAGCAAAACAGGAGGACAGAUUUCAGUACCACCCUUCAGUUAUCUACGCCGCAAAAACUGGGACUGGGAAAAUUGUAUUGUGGAACAGGACAUGUACCCCCAGCUAUAAGACGCUUAUAGUUUAUCCACCAGCUGUUGACAGUGUGGUAAAGGGAUUGUUACUUUCAAUCCCAUAUUUUAAACCAUACCACUCCUUUGCAAAUUGGGUUGUAACUUGCUAAUAUUUUAGUAAUGAAAGGUUAACACAUAAAUGUGUGUUAAGUAGAAGUUGGGUUUCAAUAUAAAGUUAGCGUCUUUGGAAGUUUUGGAGUGUGAGCUCUUCCCAGCUGCCCUGGUGCUUUUGCAGGUGAGCAGCACACCUGCAAACAGAAGUCUUUUACAGCAAUAUUUGUGUCACUCACUGUUAGUAAUCAGUGUGAGAAGGAGUAACAGUCACACAAACCAGCAGUUGUAACUCCAGGGCACACACGCAUAUACACACACUCUAAGAAAUAAGUAACUUGUUACAUCUUCAGAUUGAGGGUUAGGAUUUCUGGGGAACCUGAUGCUGAUGACAUGUUUUUCAAAAAGCAUGAAGAAAGGUUGCUAGAAAGCUACCAUAGUUACUGUCACUGUUUAAUUUAGGAAUGUUUUGGUGUUCGCCUAACAAAUCUUAUUGUCUCAGGCUUGUAUCUAAUAUUUGUGAAUAUUUAGAUGGGCACUUGUGACAGCUUUUUUCAGAAUGUAAGUAGGGAAAUAUAGUAGUGUGAGCAACUCUGGUUCAAUAACAUAUCAUAUUACUGAAUACAUUAAUACGUUGUAUUAAUAGAAUUUAACUCUGUGUGCUCUCUAAAGAACUCGCUGUUAAACCAAAAACAGUUUCAUUUGAGCCAAAUUACUGAAAACUGUAAGAAAUAUUCAAGGUAACAAUGUUCAGAUUAUUCGGGCACAAUUUAGCCACAAAUUUCAUAGCUGGCAACUUAAAUUUUAAUAUUUCAAGAGGACUUCAUCAGUAAAAAUAAGAUUGGAAACCAUCUGUUCUGUCAAAUGCUGGAUUAAUGCUAUAGGAAUGAACUCUGUGCAUCCACGGUAACUUCCUUUUUUGUUUGCAGCAAAGCAUAGGUUCUUGUUAUAUCAAAGGUUGUAAGAUAUCAAAGAUAUCUGGUUUUCAAACAGUAUUUUGAAGCUGAUUUGUAAUCCUGGUUUGGAGGAACAAAGACAAGCCGUUGUUUUUCUUGGUUAGCUAUAACAGCAAAUAUAGCUCUUCAUGCAUUCUCUAGUCAUGCUGCUAAAACAAGUGAGUAGGACAGUACAGUUGUUCUGUGUUGAUAUAGGACAUUGCCCCAGACUAAGAAAGCAAAUAUUGCUGUGUUCAAUGUUUCCUGUAUUGAUUUGGUUAUAGUGUUCCAUAAAAAUUUGUUGAUUCAGGGUUUGCCAUUGACAUCGGAUAUCAAGGACAUUGACAGUUUGAUGAGACUUUCAGGAAGAAUUGAAUGUGAAAGUCCUAACAGACAUCUUUAUGACUUUGUGGGAAAUAUCAGAUUAGAUGAGCAUGGGUAUGUAACCAUCUAAGUAUCUUUUCAUCAUGCCAUUAAAAACCUGUAGAGGAUAUAAAUGAUAUAAGUAUAAAUGUAUAAAUGAUAUGAGAAUAUAAAUGAUAUAAGAAUAUAAAUUAUAUACCGCCCCCAUCAUUCAGCCCAGCCACUGAGAUCCAGCGCCGAGGGCCUUCUGGCGGUUCCCUCAUUGCGAGAAGUGAGAUUACAGGGAACCAGGCAGAGGGCCUUCUUGAUAGUGGUGCCCGCCCUGUGGAACACCCUCCCAUCAGGUGUCAAGGAAAUAAGCAGCUAUCCUAUUUUUAAAAGACAUCUGAAGGCAGCCCUGUUUAGGGAAGUUUUUAAUAUUUAAUGCUGUAUUGUUUUUAACACUCGAUUAGGAGCUGCCCGGAGUGGCUGGGGAAACUCAGCCAGAUGGGCGGGGGUAUAAAUAAUAAAUUAUUAUUAUUAUUAUUAGUGAUUUUUUUUACAGAUAAUAAGCAAACAUCAAGUGUUAAGUUAUAUAUACUUUAUGAAUACAUAGAAGAGGUAUGAGUCUUCACAAGGCUUUGUGCUUUCAUGGAGAACAAGCUGCUUACCAUAUGCAGCUGAAUUGCAAACCCUUUGAAGUAAAUUAAAUAUUCUGGUUCCCCUUUAUAAACUUUAGCCAAAGGAUCUCUCUUAAAUCAUUUAGGCUCCACCUUCAGGGCUGGGAAAGCAGGGCUGAAAACAUUACUUCUUGCUGGCUCUAAGCUACCCACCAGCCUUGCAGAUUAUCUUCCUACCUGAGACAGAGAGGGAUGUUUUCUGCAGAACUCUGUGCUUUGUUUCAAACUUUAAAAAAAAAAAAAGUGAUUCUAGGAGAGUCUGAGACACAUUCUGAGAAACUGUAUGCUAGGCAGAUUCCUUUUCCAGCUUCUUUUCCUUGUCUCACCUGUGAUGAGCAUCUUCUUUUACCUUAUCAGCUCUUUUCUAUUUCACAGCAUUUAUAUGCUGCUUGAUCAUAAUAAAACCUCUAAACCAUUUAGAAAAACUAGGAUAUGAAAGUUGCCGUGAGAGAGAAUGUUGGAUAAAAUGGUCCAAGCUAGUACCUGUAGAGUACUCAAUGCCUUUCCUUCUGAUCUUUUUCUUGGCUAGCAGGCUGCCUUAUGUUGAUUAGAGUUAUUUACUUAGCAUCUUCCAGCAGUGCAGCAGAUCUCUGCUUGGAGCGGUUUGCGUUGUGUAGGUUUUUUUGAGAACUUGAAGAUGGUUUUACCUUGCAGUGGAAGUUAGACUGCAACUUUGUGCUCCUAAGAGUUUAGUGUGGCUAUGAAGCUGCUUGUGCCUCGUGUGUGUUUGUUUGUGUGUGUGUGUGUCAUCCGCAUAAUGUUCUCUUCAUCCAACUAGCAGCCCACACUUCCCCACCCCAUUAAAUAUAGAUUGUUCAAAUCAAGAUGAUCCAAUAAUAGAAGUAAACCCAGUAUAAAAUUGCAUGUUACUUAGAUGUGGAUUCCUUGAAGUGUAUUGUCUUUUUCUUUUUACACUUUUCAUCUAAGCGUUCUCCAGCGUAGAAUGCUUUUUCAAACCUAUGGAGAGGGAACAUAUAAUUUCUUUCUAACUCCUUAUUUUUCCAUUACUAUAUUGUGAUGUCUCAGGUUGAUAAUGUCAGAAAUUGAAAUAAAAUAGACAUUAGUUGGUAUUUCCCCAAGUGGGUAUUUUACUUAAAACUCAACCUAAGUCAAUGUUUAUUUUAUUAUUUUUAGCACUGUUCCACUAGGUCCUGAUCAAAUUCUUCUGCGCGGAGCUCAGCUAAGAAAUACACAAUGGGUUCAUGGUAUAGUUGUCUAUACAGGGCACGAUACAAAACUCAUGCAGGUUUGUCUUAUAAUUAUGAAUAAUAUUUAUUUUUGGUUUGGAUAUUCUAAUUCAUGGGUACUACCUGUACCAAUUUCAAACUGUACAUUUAUGAGAAAGCUAAACACAAGUAGCAAGGACCAUGGUCCUGUAGCAUAGGGUUAUACCUAAAAUGUAAUUACUGCCUAUAGUGCAGUGCUGUUGAAGCUCAGUAAACUAAAGACCAAUCCAUCACAAAUCACAGGAGUUGUAUAUGUAGAACUGUGGUACAAGCUAAUGUUGUAGACUUUAUAGUGUUGGUCACCAAUCCUAUUUGGCAAAUACACCGUAUUUUUCUGUGUAUAAGACUAGGUUUUUUUCCUUUAAAAAUAAUGUCCAAAAUUUGGGUGCGUCUUAUACACGGAUAGAUCUCCUCCCCCCAUUUUCUUAAAUUGGAGUCCCCCAAAAUAGGGGGCAUCUUAUACAUGGGGGCGUCUCAUAGAUGGAAAGAUACGGUAAUUGCAUUAAUUAAAACAUGUGAAAGGAGUUCUUGAUUUGCUAGUUAUAAAUUAAUGGUUAAAUGUACUUCAUGUGUGUCAUAGCAAAAAAAGGCUUUUCUGUUCUUGUAUGCCUUCAUUAGAAAGUACUGUAUAGGGCCUAGGCAAAAUGUUGUUUCAUGGUGUAAAAACUGGUAAUCACACUUAUGGGAUGGGCAACACAUAUGAUUGUCUUUGAUUUCCAAUACUAUCUAGUGGGGGGGAAAUCACAUGCAUAUGUCUUCUCUUAUUUAUGAACUCUUUUUAUUCCAUCCACAGAACUCAACAAGCCCUCCUCUUAAACUAUCCAAUGUUGAAAGAAUUACAAAUAUUCAAAUUCUGUUUCUGUUCUGCAUUCUCAUUGCAAUGUCUUUGGUUUGUUCCAUUGGUUCAGCUAUAUGGAAUAAAAAACAUGAGGAGCGGGACUGGUAUAUCAAUUUAAACUGUGAGUACAGUGAUAGUUAAAUUAGCUUGUGUUCAUAAAAUAAGAUAAAUGUGUUAUAUCGUUAAGGUACAGUUUUGUUCAUAUAGAAUAAGGGUUUUUACAUCAAAAUGUGUAUAUAAAAUAUACUUGCACUCACUGCUAGAAAUUAACAAGAGAAAAGUUUUGUUCAGGACCAAAUUAUGAUACGGGAAAUGUCUGAUUACAUUUCAUGUAUCUGUUUUCUUUGGGAUUAAAAAGCAGCAGGCAUGGAGGAGAAGCUUUAUUCCUUUACACUCAUGCCAUGGUCCUUGUGAAAGGUGUGUCCCCAAGCUAUUUGCUGUUGGAGGGAAGACUCAGAGAAUACUUCCAGGUGCAACCUUGUUUGUCACACUAACCUUAGGGAAUAUUGCUGGGCAGCCAUGUGGGUGUCUGAGGCAAUUUGUCUCUUCCCCUUUACCCCUGAGCUGAUUUCCUCCCAGAGAAUAUAACAGGGAUGAUUUUGUUGGGACUAUAGAUACCACAGGUUGAACUUGGUUUAUCGUUUUUUUCUUUUCAAACCUUAAACUUUCAAAAUGCCACCUGAGAAAUGAACUUUUGGCAUUACUGCUGUUAAUUUCCUAAACUAUAAACAUAUUCUUAUUAUCUUUCUUUCUUUCUUUUUAAACAGAUGGUGGCGCUAAUAAUUUUGGACUGAAUUUCCUGACCUUUAUCAUUCUUUUCAACAAUCUCAUUCCAAUUAGCCUGUUAGUUACACUAGAAGUGGUUAAAUUUAUUCAAGCAUAUUUCAUAAACUGGGUAAAUACAAGCAAUUUUUGUGCUAUUUGCAGAGCUUUGAUAAGUGCUUUCAAUAAUAAAUGUUAUAUAUGCCUUCCCUUUGCUAUGAAAGGGAGGCUUUAUUAAAGUAAUGCAAACUUAAUUACAAGAUUAAAUGUUUUUUAUAAAAUUUAAAGUUUGCAACAUCAUGCACCUUUUCAUAUAUAAUUUCAUAGGCUUUAAAUUUUAUGGAUUGUUGAAAUGCCUUUCAACCCAGCAUUGUGAAUCAGUUUUCUGAGUUUGCAGCCUAAAGGAACUUGCAUAGUCCUAGUACCACCUGAUACACCAUACUAAUACGGAAUCUGAGGCCAGAUUGUGCAUUUUGUGCAAAGGAAGCACAUGCUGCCCCAGGGUCCACCUGUGAGAUUUUAUUUUGCCCAUAGAAACUUCAGAAACAAGUGCAAUAGUAAUGGCAUUCAGAUAACUCCUCCACACAUAUACUGAACGUGUGGAAGGAAAAUUGUGCCCUCCCCCUGCCCUCAACUUGUCCCUGGCCCCAACAUUUGUUCAUUGAGUGGUAUCUUGGUAAGAGCUAUAUGCCAGCAUUCAACUAAACCCACAAAGUUUGGUGGCCUACCUGGGAACAUGAUGAUGUCAGGGGCAGAUGAUGUCAGGGGCGGGGCCAGCAGGGGCAGUUCCACUUCCUCCUUCGUUUGCUAUAUGCAGUGUGGGAGAUGAACAGCCCUUACAUGCUGAGCGCAGCUGAUAAGUGAAUAACACUAUGCAGUAUACUGCAUCUACAAUAAGAUUUAGAUCCAAAUAAAGCUACUUUCACAUGCCCAAGGGUGUUUGGAUUUGCCUUUCUAAACAGAAUGGAGUUUCAAAGCAGUUUUUAAUUGAGCAAGACUGUAUGUCACUUGAAGGGGGGAAAUUAACAAGGGAUCCAGAGAGCUAACUUUGACACUCGGGGACUCUUUUCUUGCAUCUUGAAACCGUUGGUUCGAGUCCUACCCUCCAGGGCAGGAGAAAACAAGCAUGCUCCCUCCUCCAUGUGACAGCCCUUAAGAUAUUUGAAGGUGGUUAUCAUAUCACCUCUCAUUCUCCUCUUUUCUGGGCUAAACAUACCCAGCUCCAUGUUAAGCUUGUGGUCCACCAAGACCCAUAGAUCCUUUUCACAUGUAUUACUGGCAAAUCAGGGGGCCCCCACCCUAUAUUUGUGCAUCUGGUUCUUCCUGCCUAAGUGCAGAACCUUACAUUUGUGCCUAUUGAAUUCAUUUUGUUAGCUUGCACCCAGUUCUCCAAUCCGUUAAGUCAUUUUGAAUUCUGAUUCUGUCUUCUGUGGCAUUAACUACUCCUCCCAGUUUGGUGUCAUCUGCAAAUUUGAUGAGCAUGCCUUCAAUUCCUUCAUCCAAGUCAUUUAUAAAGACAUUAAACAACAACGGGCCCAGGACAAAACCCUGCGGCACCCGACUUGUCACCUUUUUCCAGGAUUACAAGGAACCAUUGAUGAGUACUCUUUGGGUUGGUCAGUCAACCGGCUACAAAUCCACCUAAUAGUUAUCUCAUUCAUCCCACAUUUUACCAGCUUCCUCGCAAGAAUAUCAUGGGGGACUUUGUCAAAAGCCUUACUGAACAAUAUACACUAUGUCCACAGCAUUUUUCUGAUCCACCAAGUUUGUAAUUCCAUCAAAAAAAGAAAUCAGAUUGGUCUGGCAUGACUUAUUUUUGAGAAACCCAUGCUGGUUCUUAGUAAUCAAAGCAUACUUUUCUAAAUGCUUACAGACCAACUGUUGAAUUAUAUGUUCUAGGAUCUUCCCUGGUUUCGACGUCAAGCUCACUAGUCAGUAGUUACCUGGGUCUUCCUUUUCCCCCUUUUUGAAGAUGGGGACAUUUGCCCUCCUCCAGUCUGUCGGGACCUCACCUGUCCUCCAAGAAUUCUUAAAGAUAAUAGAGAAAGGCUCUGAAAUUGCAUCCUCAAGCUCCUUUAGUACCCUUGGAUGCAGCUCAUCAGGCCCUGGAGAUUUGAAUUCAUUUAAAGUGUUCCCUUACUACCUCUUUUCCUAUCUUGGGCUGCAGCUCCCUCCUUACAUCAUUCUGUUAUCAGGGUGGACAUCGCUUUCCUUUUGGGUGACGACAGAGACAAAGUAGGUGUUGAGUAGUUCCGCCUUUUCUUGGUCACCCAAUAGCAUUUCUCCAUGUUCCCCAUGCAGAGGACCUACCACUUGCUUGUUCUUUCUCUUACUUCGGACAUAGCUGAAGAAACUUUCAUUAUUAUUAUUAACCUCUCUUGCAAGCCUGAGCUCAUUCUGAGCUUUAGCCAGCCUGACUUUCCCCCUGCAACUGUUGGCUACUCUAUUUCUUAUGCAUGUCCAGUAGAUUAUUUUUUUGCUAAGUGAGAUCAGCAUACAUACGGAAUUCUGGAUAACUGUAUCUACAUGAAAUACGUCACACUGACAACAAGAAACAUUAUUUUCAUGUAACAACAUGAAAUGGUGGGUUAUCAGCUUUUUAAAUGUUGCCUUUUCCUUUUGAUAGGAUAUUGACAUGCACUAUGAACCUACAGACACUUCUGCCAUGGCUCGCACAUCCAAUCUCAAUGAAGAACUUGGGCAGGUAUGUUGUCCCUCCUAACACUUAAUGGUUUUGAAAUUCAUGGAAAUUGGUUAUUAAAAGUUUCCAUGAAAAAUUAAUAGGUUCCUAGAUUUCAAUAUUUUUCCUUAGAAAUUUUUUGCUAUAUUUUGCUUCGAAACACCCUGAAACAUUCCUCUGGUUUCUUACAUCGCCUAUAUUUAUUAAUAAUAAUAAUGAUUACCCACCUUUCACUCUUAAAGUCCCAGGGCAGGUUACAACCAUUAAAACACAACGUUAAAAAAAGUUUAAAACUACUUACGAUUACAAACAUAAGGUGGGUCCUAAAAAUAAACAUAUCACAUGGCAAAAACCAGGGUAAAGAGCUGUGUCUCCCCACCACCACCCCAAUGUUGGUAAAGCAGUACCAAUAUUUGCCCUAGUCCUAAAGAUUAGAGACACUUCAUCUGAAGGUGUGGCCCAAAAGAGACACUUCACCCCAUCCCUGUCCUGAUUAGAUGUCUCUAUGCCCUCCUAAGAGAAUGGAGAACUCUCUUGAUAGAGGGUAGGGCUUUUUCAACAGUUAUGUCAAUAGAUAUUUAGUGAAGUGCAAAUUCCACACGAAAACCCAGCAAUCUGUUGUGGCAUGGCUGAGAAGGGGAGACGUCCUGUUUAUCAGCUGCAUGCAGGCCUUUCUUCACAUCUCAUGAAGAGACAUCACCAAUGAGCAAGACAAAAAAUAAACAUUCGGUCUCCCAUUUUUUUGUGAGAAGGGCAGGCAAGGGCUACAUAAUCCCAAACAGUAAGAAGCCUCGCUCUCUGCUAUAAAAGGGCUUAGAAUUGCAGCAAUCCAGUGGUAUCCACUAGAGGGCAUGAAAGAACAAGAAAAACAAAACAAGCUCUUUUUAGCUGGGAAAAAAGGAUUGGGAGCUACUUCACUCCUAGACUAGGAUGCAGAGGACUCUAUCCCAGGGAUCAGCAAACUUUUUCAGCAGGAGGCCGGUCCACUGUCCCUCAGACCUUGUGGGGGAGCCGGACUAUUUUUUUUGGGGGGGGGUGAAUGAAUUCCUAUGCCCCACAAAUAACCCAGAGAUGCAUUUUAAAUAAAAGGACACAUUCUACUCAUGUAAAAACACACUGAUUCCCAGACCGUCCGUGGGCCAGAUUGAGAAGGUGAUUGGCCCCCGGGCCUUAGUUUGCCUACCCAUGCUCUAUCCCUUCUGAAUCUUCCUACAUGCAGUUUAAAUAUGGUGAUUAAAGCUCUGGAAAGACCUCCGUCUGAGCAUGGGGGGCGGGGCGUGUCACUUGUUUAAAAACAUUAACUCUUGUCUUUAUGGUAGAACAGAGCUGGAUUAAAAGGAGAGUUGUGUGUUUUCUAUCACAUAUGAUUGGAAAUCCAUUGGGUAGUCUGAGCUUUUAGGCAUGUAGGCUGCUGCAGAAAGUUACAUCCAUACUGAACAACUGGUAGCACUGGAGGUGAAACAGGAGUUCUGAGGGGACGCAGUGAUUAGAGGAACAAAUGACAAACAUUCCAUCCAAACCAGCCAGUAAUACUUCUUUUUGCUAAGGUUGUUUAGCAUUUUCAACAUUUAUUAUUUAUACAGCAUGUUAAAACAUGAAGAGUUUUUAACAGUUGAGACAUUAAUAAUAGGAAUGUAGGCUUAAUGAGAAGUCUUAAUCAGCCUUAUCAUUUGUUUAGGUCAAAUACAUAUUUUCUGACAAAACUGGCACCCUGACAUGCAACGUAAUGCAGUUUAAGAAGUGUACUAUUGCAGGAAUCGCUUAUGGGUAAGUUUUUCCAUAAAUAUAGUUGCAUUUGUACUCUUUGCUGCUUUAGUGAAAAUAGUUUUUAUUAUUUGGGGUUUCAAUCAAGUCAGAAUUUAAAACAUCAAUUCAAAUUGGAAUAUAUCUUUAGCAGUUAAAAGCAAAAUGCAAUUAAAAAGGCCAGAAACCUAUGAAUUACUAUGAUUUCAGCAAUAUUUUACUGGUUCUUAAGCAAUUUAAUAAUACCUUCACUUUAUAGCACUUGAACAGACAUCUGGAUGUUUCAUAUAUACCUAUUAUACCUAUGCAGAAAUUAUAAUUGAGACUUUGAGCAGUUGGAUUAAGACACCUCAUAGUAACCAUAAGACUAAUAAGUGUCUUUAGAAGUCCUAGUUCAGAAAAGUAAAAUAAAAAGGGUCUUUUGAUUUUAAAAUAUUUCCUAUUUAACUGCUAAAAUGAAUUGUUGUUGCAUAAUUGAGGACUGUGUAAGUCCUUGAUGCUUCUUGUGAAAGUACCUUUAGGCUUUUCAAGCAAAGUGGAAUAUUUUCAAUUUAGGAAACCUGGCCAUUGAGAUCUGCAGUGAAAUGUUGCAAUGUUGAAUGCUCUUAUUUCGGGUUCAAGCCAGCCCACAAGCGAUGCUCUCUUCCAAUAUAUUUUCUUCCAUUUCUUCUCAUCGGCCCCUUGUCUUCUAUUUAUUCUGCUCUCUCCCCUCAUCCGUGUCUCCUGAACAUGAUCCUUCCUCAUUGAACUAUUUCAUGUGUUUGUGUCCCUCAGGAGUUUCUUUUCUUCCCUAAAUAUUUCUUUGUUGUUGUUGUUUUCCAAACCAUUUUGGUUACAUAAGGAUACAAAUUUGGAGAGUUAGAUGGCAUAGGACAAGCCACUCCAUCUCCAAUGACUGCUAUAGCUGGAAUACACAGAUAUUUCUGUCUUGAUGAGUUGAGUACAGUGGUACCUUGGUUCUCAAACGUAAUCCAUUCUGGAAGUCUGUUUCAAAACCAAAGCAUUCCAAAACCAAGGUGCACUUUCCCAUAAAAAGUAAUGCAAAACAGAUUAAUCCAUUGCAGACUUUAGAAAUAACCCCUAAAACAGCAAUUUAACAUCAGUUUUACUAUCUUACGAGACCAUUAAUCCAUAAAAUGAAAGCAAUAAACAAUGUACUGUACUAUAAAAUAAAUAAAACAGUAUUGUAGAUAAAAAUUAAAAUUAAAACUUUUACUUACCUGCACUGAUGAUAGUCAUUGUUUGGAUGGGGGGCUUUUAUCCAUUUCUGAAGUCACGCAAUCAAUCUAUCAAUCAGUGGCUGCACUGGGUUCCAUACAGUCACAAAAACAAAUUAACUGAAAAAGCCUCAAAACAAAAAACGCAAAAUAAAUAGCAAAAACAAAAGCACCAAAUAUAAGCUCCAAAAUAUCACCUCCGAACACUUCAAUCAGAAACAGAAGGCUUGAAUUACAAUGGGGGGAUGCAAAUUAGCAGUGCAAGAGGAAACACGGGGACGCAAAGCAGAGCACAUUCAGCUUCCGAAAAACGUUUGAAAACCGGAACACCUGCUUCCUGUUUUGCAGCCUUCAGGUUCCAAGUUGUUCAUGAACUAAGCUGUUGGAAAACCAAGGUACCACUGUAUAUAAUUGCAAUUGAUUACUGAAUAACUGAGUGAAAUGAAAAACACUAUUGGAGCUAAGUUAUUUCAAUUAGCUGUAUAUUUUGGUUAAGCAAAUGCUUUUAGGCCUGCGGGGGAAAGGGUGGACAGGUUGAUUGAAAGAAUCCUCUCAUCCUCCACACUCCCUACAGCAGGGGUUGGGAAUCAUUUCCAGUUGAAGGACCACUUUUUCUUCUGGACAGCCAUCCGAGGGCCACAUGCCAGCAGUGGGCAGGCUCAGGGGCAACACUGAGUGGAAUAGUCAAUGUAAAUUUAUUUACGGUUUUAUGCAUAGGCUUAUUUCUACACAUGCACAAAUCUCUGUCCUCCAUGCCAGCAAGCAAGAGGCAUUAUCAGAGUUCCAGGAUACAUUUCAACCCAGAAAAGACAUUCAGAAUAUGAAGUUUGGCCAGUGAGGGGUACAGCCUGGAAAUUCUGAGGGCCACAUAGAGAAGCCUGGAGGGUCCUCAUUUGGCCUGCAGGCCUGCAUAUCCCCACCCUGCCCUACAGCAUCUUCACACCUUAAGACAUCAUACCUUACCUGGCAUAUUAAACUUUGUUCACGGAACUAACUAGCUCUCAGCAGACUUCCACAGUGUGUUUCAUAUCACAAUCCUUUUUGUUUUCUGUGUUCAUUUUAUUUUCAAUUCCUUUUCAUUAAAUUCUCCUUUAUGUGCCACCUGAACUUGACGCCUUUCAGAGCUAUUUCCUAUUUCUUUACCUCCUUUCUUUCCACACAGCCAUUCUCCUGAAUCAGAGGAUUAUGGCUAUGCUACAGACGAGUGGUAAGCACUAACCUUCUUCUAGCGUUGGUUGUUUUUGCUUGGGCGAAUGCAGACAGUCAGUAUUUUGUGAGUAGGAUUCAAGUGCAGAGCAGGAAAAUGAAAUCUGCAUGUUUAAAACACUCUGUGGCCCUGGCACAAUAAAUCUUCUUUAAGAAAGAAACAGACUUUUUGUGGUUAGGAAAGUGACAGGGAAAUGAAAUGAAAAGUGUAGAAUGAAGGAAUGAUUGAUCAUGAGAUAGAUAGAUAGAUAGAUAGAUAGAUAGAUAGAUAGACAGACACACACCCACACACCCCCCACAAGCACUGCAGGAUGAAUGCUCAUUGUCAUUUAACCUCUUGACAAAAAUAAAUAAAUCAGAAUAAACGCUCAAUAAAGACUGGAUGUAAUAACCUCCAAUCCUAACCUUCACAUAAGUUUUGUAGAAGCAAAUCAAUAAAUGGGUUACCUGGAGGGUGAAUAUGAAUGUGUAUCUUUAUUAUUAACUAUAGAACAACUUUUUAAAUUAAAUAAUAAUACUUUAAUAAUAAUAAUUUAUUAUUUAUACCCCACCCAUCAGGCUGGACUCCCCCAGCCACAUAGAGAAAUUGAUAGUGUACAUAAGUGGCACAGCUCCUGACUCUGAAGGAGAGUACCUCUAAAUGCAAUGUCAAAGUUUGAAUACCACAGGUAGCCACAGGUAUCUCCCUGUUGAGGAUAUAGGCAUUGGAAGCUUUACUGGUCAUGCAGGUAUUGGUUACACAGUAAAAUGUGUAUUUUUCUCUAAACCUGUUAAAUUUCUAAACACAUAAAUACCCUGAGCUUAGAGUUCCCUUGUUAGCAAAACAUUCAUAAAUGCCAGAGUCCAACAAAGUGAAAUUCUUGCCUGAUAGAAAACCUGGUAAUAGCAGAAGUUGCUUUGCAACUUACACAUGCAAGUCAUGAUUUGAUGUUGUAGUUGUCAUGUUAUUAAUAUGCAUGGGUAAACUAGCAAAGUUGUAAUUUGUUUAUUAUGUGUAUUUGUAUAUCAAGAUCCUAUCUGGAACCCGCAUAUGGGCAUUUCUUUUGUUGAAGUUAGCUGAACUACGCAAACAAUCACUCAAACGAAGAGUAAUUAAAAUUUCAGGAUUCCUUAAUAAAUACAGAUUGCAUUCCCAUAUUAGUUAAUACUAUAUUAGUUAAUACUAACACAGUGUAAUCAAGCCCUGUGUCUGCUCUAUAGCGUGUGGUCCUAGGAUGUGUAUUAUUAAGAGAUAAAUUAAAUGUUUGUAUGCUUUCAUUUUUCUUUUAUUUCUUUUAGGCAGAGCUCACAACCUGGAGAUGAAAAAAUGUUUAGCGAUUCAUCAUUACUGGAAAACCUCCAAAACAAACAUGUAAGAUAUAGAAAUAAAUACUACGUUUAUAUGAAGAAAAAACGGAAAUUCAGCAAAGCAAAAGGAGCCUAUCAUAAACAGGAAACUUAAUUCGUAUUCCAGUCAUCUGCACAUGUACUUUCAAUAAAGCCACAUCGAUUUAAAUAAGAUUUACUUUCAUAAGGGUCUAACUAAAAGUUCCAAGUAAAUGUGUGUAAAACGCUGGUGGCCACUUUUGUAAGAGGAGGAUGUGGUUUGGAGCAAAGAACCAGUGACCAGAGAGGUAGCCUUUUCUACUACAAAACCCUAUUCCCUUCACGACUUUAGGUGCCCAUCUACCCAUACAAUCUGGAUUAGGCUCCAAUGCCUGCCUGUUAUUUUCAUGGAGGAAAGUUCUCCUUCCCUUCACUCCAGCAGGAUAUUUUCCCCCACCCAGAUGAGCGCCGCAACCCCAAAGUCGGUCACGACUAGACCUAAUUGUCAGGGGUCCCUUUACCUUUACCUUUACACACACACAUGUAGCAGGUUCAGGGGCUCCAUUACACUGGCUCUUUGUGAAAAAGUGUCUUGAAGUUAAAGACAAAACACGUCACCAACACAAAAUGUAUUUUGACCCUUCUGUUUCAUUACCUUGAUCCUUUCUCUCCUGCUGUCCACUUUUAUUUAACUCCUUGCACAUCCAGACAUCUUCCCUUGCAAAUAUUUAAAUGGUGUUUUAAAGUAUCUCUUUUCUCAAUUUCUUUAACCCUGAACUUCCCUUAUCUUUUUUCCUUUCCUUUCGUUUGUGUCCCUUUCCUGUUCCUUGUCUUUCUUAGAUUUAAGCCUGCUUAGGGGUUUAUUAUGUUAAAUUCAAUUUAUGUUCACAUUCAAUCUAUUAUAAUUAUUCCAGUAGGAAUCCUUUAACUGGUGCAUCUUGGGAGCACUAGUCCCCUGUAUUAGCUUGCUUGACUCUCUGUUUUUCUUGAAUAGCAGAAAUACAUGCCCUGAGAAUAUACUGUUUAAGACAAUAUACUGUUUAAGACAAGUCUGUGUCCCACUAAUACCUUCCCAUGUCUCCUUGUAGUUGACUGAAAAUAAAACAAGUCUUGAGUCUGAUAAAAAAAUAAUAUACUCUCCACAGCUACAGUUUGAACUAUUCUUAUAUGCUUAUAGCUUUAAAUUUUGAAAUGAGGCAUAAUUAAUUUGUAUUGUUUUAUGUGUGUCUGUUUUAGCCAACUGCACCUAUAAUUUGUGAGUUUCUAACUAUGAUGGCAGUGUGUCAUACAGCAGUUCCAGAAAGAGAGGAUGAUAAGAUCAUUUAUCAAGCAGCAUCUCCAGGUAAGGUCAUUGAAACCUGUGAAGAACGUUAUACCCUUGUUGAGCGGAUUGACUAAGUUGAUCCCCCCAAAAAAAGUUUUUUUUAAAAGUGACAUAAAGUCAGCAUAUUAUUAAUGAGCAGGUUACACUCCUCUAUUGAUCAUAAUGCAUCUCUGUUGUAAACACAUAAGAUCAUAGUGGCGACUCACCUGGUAAAUCACUAGACUAAAGGAUUUUCUUAGGUACUUAUUACCAGUGCUUUUCUUCUAGGAAAAGAUGCCAGUUCUGCUUACCCUUGAAUACCCCCAGAAAAUUACAACUUGCUUGUGUCAAGUUAGCACAACUGCAAGCAGAAGCAUAGUGUAAGGGGGGCUAUCGCCCUGAGCACAAAAAAAUAGUUUUUGUGCUGCCCUGCCUGUAGGCGCUGCCCGCCUGCCUCACCUGAGCAGCCCGCCAUGCAGUAGCUGGGAGAGGACGGGUCCUUGCAUCUCUCAGCCGUACGGCAUCCCCCGCCAACAGGGGAAGCGAGCAGACAGCACAACCAGCGGCAGUGGUGGCACCCCAGCCUGAGGUGGCACACACAAAUGUCACACCACUUCUCCACAGCUCCAACAGCAAGUUUGCAAAACAUGUGUUAACAGCCUUUCACCCUAUGUAUGCUCUGUUCUUGUGGGGGAUGUGGAAGCACGGUUAAAAGUAUGGAUCACUUCCUAAGCAGUGCUUCAUGUGCAGGAAACACCCUUACUUGCUGGAACAGCCUUUGAUUUAAAAGCCAUUGACUCACUUUCAGUUUAGAACUGAAAUAUCCUAGUUUAGAGAUGACAGAUAAGGAAUUUCUUUCACAUACAGAAGACAAAGGGGAAACUGAGUAACAGAGGUAGGAAGAGGCUGAAAGGCUUUACCAGGAACAUUAAUCACACGCAUUAAAGAGUAAAUACACCAGGAAACUUUAAAUGUGUCAUUUUUCUUCCCAAUAUUUAAGACAUGAACUGCAGAGUAUAUAAAAAUUGAGAUGUCAGUGUUUUCACUUUUAUCAAUUUGCUAGUCAAAUAACAGGGAAUGGUUUGUUACAGAUGAAGGAGCAUUGGUUAGAGCAGCCAAGCACCUCCAUUUUGUUUUCACUGGAAGAACACCAGACUCUGUGAUUAUAGAAUCUGUAAGUACAUCUAAAAUAGUAAAGAUUUAACUGUUGUUGCUAAUAGUUUUAUUAGUAGAGAAAAAACUUUUGGAAAACAUUUUUAAAAGACUGAAUUAAUCAUGAUUUCAUUUUUUCCCCCUAGCUUGGACAGGAAGAAAGAUAUGAAAUGCUAAAUGUGCUAGAAUUUACAAGGUAAUUAAACACCUGUGAUUUAUUUCUUGUUUAGUAUUUAAGAAACAGUUUUUUCUUAGGUAAAGGAAGUCUCUUUUUGAAAAGGAAAAGUUUGAGAAAAUGGACAUUCAAAGCGUAAUUUAAUUCAUGAGCCGUCCUAUAUUUGGGCUUUUAAGCACAACAAAAUAAGCUAGAAAACUAGAGUAGGACAUUGUGUGAGAGAGAAAGAGUGUAAUAUAGCGAUAAAGUACAAAAUAAGAUUUUUAAAGAGACUGAUGAAAGCACAAAGAAAUUAAAAGAACAAAAACAUGAAAAUAUGCAAUUCAUUGUCCACAGAAAUAGUACAGCUGUAAAGUCCAUCCUAUUUAUCAUUUAUUAAUUAUUAAAUAACCCUUAACACCCCAUACUGCUAAUUUUCUCAUUCCAACAACAUAAAUUUAAAACAGCAUUAUAUUGAAUCUUUUUAGUUACUCACCCUUCCCAGUGUUUCUUAUAGUACAUAAUUUACAAAUAAAUUAUAAUUCUAUUGUCAUAUACCAUUUCCCCCAGGUCUUUUAAUGUUGGGGGGGGAGGAGCUCUGCCCCUCAUUUUUUAAAACAGAAAACCUAUGUGUGAAAAGACCACUCUUAUUUUAUCAAAACUUACAUUGUUUCAUAGAUGGAAUAUUUUGCAAACAUUUGUAGGGCGGGGAGGGGGUAGGCCUUAUAUUUUAGAGGAUAUUUAUUUUUUCUCUCCGGUAAACAUUUUCUCAUUUCAAGAUAUGUGGAAUCAAUGCUUAUGCUCCAUCUUAUAUAUGUUUAUUGUAUAAGUCUAUCACACCCUACUAAGUUGCUUAAAACCUGUUUGAAAUGGAACAUGCCUUUCAUUCAGUUCUAGGAAAAGAAUGUCUGUGAUUGUCCGCACACCUACAGGAAAAUUAAGACUUUACUGCAAAGGGGCUGUAAGUUGUUGGCGAUGUUGUUGUUGUUUUCAUUUUCCAUUUCUUUGCACUAUUUGCUAUCAAGGAUUGGCUGUGAAGCGUUAUGUUAGACGUAGGCCCAAUAGAGAUUACCGCUUUAUGGAGUGGAAAGACGUCCCCGCAUUUACAGUGGUGGUUAUUUGUAUUAUUAAUACAUGGCAGGUGACAUUGAGUGGGGAAGAUAAUUCCUUUGAACUACAGAUUCUCAUAAUACAGUUUUAGAGACUACAUCCCAGCAUCCCUGGUGCAUUACAGCAACACUGAGAUGGUGGUCCGUGGGGCCUACCUUUCAAUCAGCGCUCUGAACUUGAUUUCUCACUGAAAUCGGAAUCACAGAAAGUCAGUCCCAUACUCCCAUGCAUGUAAGAUGUUCUCAAUUGGAAUGAGCUUCCCCUCGUGGAUGGAGGCAGGAACACUGAGAGAGGUUCUGAAUCAUUCAUUCAUUCCUGUCUUUGCAUGAAGCAGAUGCUGGGUACACUCUCAGUCUUGUCUUCUGUAGCUCAGGCCUGAAUACAGUGGUACCUCAGGUUAAGUACUUAAUUCGUUCCGGAGGUCUGUUCUUAACAGUGUAACAGUAACCUGAAACUGUUCUUAACCUGAAGCACCACUUUGGCUAAUGGGGUCUCCUGCUGCUGCCGCGCCACCGGAGCACGAUUUCUGUUCUCAUCCUGAAGCAAAGUUCUUAACCCGAGGUACUAUUUCUGGGUUAGCGGAGUCUGUAACCUGAAGCAUAUGUAACCUGAAGCGAAUGUAACCCGAGGUACCACUGUAGUGUAGUGUGCGUAAUUAUGUUUUAUUGUUUCAAUUUUCUGUUAUUUUGUGGCAUUAGUCAUUGUCUCUGUUUUCCUUUGGUCCUGUCUUGGUGACUGUGGUUUAAAUGUUUCUCCUCCAUGUUAGUUCCCUCACUCUUGGUCCUGAUGUUAUCUACCCUCAGCAUCCUGCUACUGUAUUUUUCUUAUUCUAGUACAUUCCCCAUUUUGUAGAGCCUGUGUUUUUAAAGACUUUUUAAAAAUAGUAUAUUGUUGCUUCCCUAUUCCUUGAUCUCUCCAUCUGUCUGUCUACCUUGGCCCAAGCCCUUCUAAGUCUUCAUCCUGUUUCCUAGUUUCCUAUGUGCUCCGAGCUGUAGACUGCAGCAGCAGUGAGCAAACAUAAACACCUAAAGCAGGACUGGGAAACUUUUGGCUUAUUGGGCCACAACUCCCAUCAUCCCCAACCUUUGGCCGUGCUCUAGCUGGGGCUGAUGGGAGUUGUAGUCCCACAAUAUAUUGAGGACCAAAGGCUACCAUAAUGGGGAUAGUGUAUAUUAUCUGUGUUUUGCAGGAUGCUCAGGUUAUGUUUGUACGCUCAGGUUGAAUUACACAUGUGCUUUGCAUGAUCUGGUCCUUUCCCUUUUCUGGCAUCUUAAGCUUUUUAGUUUGGUUUGGUUUGGUUCUUUUGCCUAUCCUGCACUAAGUUACGGCUAGGAUUUGCUUGUCUGUCAACCACCACUUUAAAAAGAAAUGCAUUAUUGUGUACUGGUGAAAUAUCAGACCAGUUGGAUAAGUCAUCAAAUAUAUGAGAAGAAAGGGUGAUAAAGGGAAGGCAAAUGGCAUAAAUGACAGCUAAAUGGCAGGUUUAGGGUGUGUGUCAAUUAGAGGCACUACUGUGGGUUAAAGAGUCCUGUAGACUGUACCUAUUUAAUAAGGAAGUAUAUAGCCUGGGACAAUCCGCCAGUGACAUAAGCACCAAACAUUUGCAGUACAGAUCCCAUAAAUCAGUUACAUAUCAAAUGUGCAACUGACCCACAUACUACAGUAAAGGCUGUGAAUAUUGGCUGUAUAUUGUGUGUAUUGCACUGGUGCAAAUACAACUGCUACAGAAUUUGUUGAGUAACAGGAAUCAAAAAUCCGCUUUUCAGUCAUAAUCUUAAAAAACAUUUGUGUGUGACUUUUUUCUGAAAAGCGUUAUACGAAUAUUCUGCAUAAAUAAAUAAAUAAAUAACAGUAUGAUGAUUUACAGUUGGACUGUAGUUAUUACAGAAAUGCAUUUCCUCUUUUAAUUUUCCCCCCAUUGCUUUGUAAAAGAAAUCUUGCUUCAAUUUGUUUUGUUCCAUUAUAGGACACAGUAAUUUAUGAUCGCCUGGCUGAAAAUUCAAGAUACAAGGAAAUUACCCUGAAACAUUUAGAGCUGUUUGCUACAGAAGGUAUUAUUAUUUGCAUAAUAGUUGGUUAUGUAUAAAACCAUUAAUGUAAUAACAAUACUAUGAUUUUGUAACAAUUGGUGGUUAUUGUAAAAGAGCCCUCACUUUCUUCAUUGAAGUUCAUGCAAUGUAAUGUAGUGGUUCUUCCUUUUUCAUUGUGACUGAGAGAUGCCUUUACGCAUGUACAUAGCUUGAUUCCUCUUCCGUUAAUUUCUCUGCUUUUGAUUACAUUAGUUUGGUAGAUGAAUGUGUGAAAUGAUCUCAUUGAGAAGCAUAGUGUUUGAGAUAAUGUGAGGGAAUGUGAAAGGUGUGUCUGUGGGUAUUAUGCUCCUGUUGGUCCAUUCACACAUGGAAGUAGCAAUACGAUGCAACAGUUAUCAAAGGAAAAAGAGCUUGUGCGAACAAAUACAAAAUUUUAGUUCAUCUUGAAAUUUAAGAUUUUGAUUGGUUCAAAAACAUCUGAUACAUUUAGCAAUUACCUAUACCCCAAACCAGGAGCACUUCUCUUAUAAAGGAGGUGGUGAUUUUUCAUGGAAGAGUAGCAGAUUGGUGGCAAAUGUUUGCAAUUAUGUUGUCAGAUGCUCACAUACAAGCUGGCUGUCCUCUGAGAGGAAUACUAUCUUUGUAAUGGAGUGGUCACAUUCUUUUGGAUUCAUUAUAACUAAUUAUCCAGAUGCAAUAUCAUUUCUCAUUUCCAUAUGUUGGUGUAUUAAUCAAAUUAGCACAAUACUUUUGUGUUUAUUUUGUAUGAUUUACUUUUAUGUCUUUAUUCUGCUUUCCUAAAUAUUUAUUUUUGUUUUAGGAAGAAUAGUUUGUGCUUUGGUGUUCUGAACAUCUUUCCUUGACUUGAGUUGUAAUACUGUAUAGGAGGAGGGGUGGGGUGAUUUGAAAGUUAUGGUAGUUGCCCUUGUUUCUAGUGUACCUGAAUACCUGUGAACAUUUGGAUUGAAACACUAACGUGAAGCUACUAUAUACUGGAAGAAUCUGGAGUUAUGAUGUGCUGUUUUUUAGAAGAAGCAGGGGGUGCAUCAUAUGAGGUGUAGAUGUUGCUUCUGUCUGGAUAUUAGUGUAAGAUAAAAAUGGUUCUGUGGCUUCUGUGGCUAUUUUAUAUAUUCAGGAAGCAUUUUUUGUUUCCAGAUUCUAAACUCUACUACAAACUCAGAUGACAAAGGAUAUUUGUGAUGCGAGGUACCAUAUGAAACCAAUACUGUAAAAUGAUAAAGAAAUGAAUAAUUAUUGAACCUUGUAUGACCAUUUUAUUUCCUUAGGCUUGAGAACACUUUGUUUUGCUGUUGCUGAGAUUUCAGAAAACGACUACCGAGAGUGGCUAAACAUCUAUCAAAGAGCUGCAACUGCUGUACAAAAUAGAGCACUGAAACUUGAAGAGAGUUAUGAGCUAAUUGAAAAAGUAGGUGUUGUGUGUUGCCUGAAUAUGUUACUUGUAUCUGGCAUAUCUUGCAUCUUUUGAAGCUAAUGCUGAUCAUAUUUAGAAUUUUAUUGCAUCUCAGUUUGCUCAAACAAUUUAAAAAGAAGCCCAGUGCCCCUUUAUACUGAGCUGAAAGGUGGUAAAUUAUGUGGAGGCAUCCCUCAGUCCAGCUCUCUUGGUUGAGGCUGGUGAACAAAUGAUCAGGAGUUUGAUCAGUGGGUUGCCCGUCAUCGGUAGCCAGCAUAAAGCCCCCAAAUAGGGUGUUCCAUGGGUGGGAAGGCAGCAGAACUGAGCCAGGCUGGAUCCUGCGAAUCAGACCUGAUUUGGACAUACUGUGCUAGCCUUGAGCUGGCGCAGAGAUCAGUCCAGAUCCAGCCUCUCCACCUUCUACUAAAGAUGUGGGGAGGGGAGGGGAAGUGGUUUGAAUUGUGCCAUAAGUCUAUUUUGGAAAACCCAAAAUAUGGCCAACACACUGAUUUGAAACAAAGCCUUUUUAAUUUAAUUUGUUAAGCUUCAUCAAAUAAAGCUACUGGGCCUAGUCAGUUAUAUACAAGAAAGUCUUGAAAGAGAGCUGAAGCUUUUCCCUGCUAAGGCCAUCCCUUCCCAAAUGUCUUGCCCUUGUGCUCAAAAAUAAUAUACUGAUAAAAUGCCUAAUGCCCCAUGGUUUUCCAGAGUAGCAGGAAAGAGAAUGAACUGCCUCAAAAUGAAUGAUCACUUCUAAAAAAUGGUAAGGAGGCCAGAAAGAUCCAGAUGAUUUCCUCCUGCUGCUAUUGCUGUUCCCAGAAAGAAUGACUGUAAGAACAAAUCAAAAUAGACAUGAAGAGCAAAGAGUUGCAAAUCAUACAUUAAGGCAUUGAGCCCAAUUCUAAGCAAACAUUGAAAAUAAGUGUCACUGAAAUAUUUCAAAGUAAAUGCUUCUUUAGAUUAUGCUUAUUUGGCUAGAGUCCCCGUUUCUGUAUUUAUUUAUUUUUACAUUCAAAACUGUAUUUGUGGUUGUUGUUGUUUAAAAAUCUCUCUGAUAUGCUCUUUUCAAAGAAUCUUCAGCUACUUGGAGCUACAGCCAUAGAAGAUAAGUUACAAGACCAAGUGCCUGAAACAAUAGAAACGCUAAUGAAAGCAGAUAUUAAAAUUUGGAUCCUUACCGGAGAUAAGCAAGAGACUGCUAUUAACAUUGGUAAUGUGUAAGACUUCAGUCUUCAUGCUACAUUGUUCUUUUAAGUUUUUAAUAAUAGUAAAAUAAUAAUAAUGGAAAGAAAUAUGCAUUUGUGUACUGGAAACAAGUGAGUGCUGCUCUUUCUGACCUAGACCUGCAUUUACCCUAAGGUGCCCUGAGAUGCAGGUGUCACUUAUGAGAAAGCACUUCCUCUUGGCUACAGGCUAGGAUGCAAAGAUGAGAGACAGAGUGCCCUUGCCAGGCUAGAAGGCAACAGGAUAUUUCUGGCUUAAGAAAGAAAAAAUAAUGCCAUUCACCGUGCUGCCUCUCCUCUCCCCCUUACACCCCCCACUGAGGUAGAUGCAUUGCUAAGGCACAAACUAAACCCCAAAGUGGCUUUUUCUCUUGCCACUUCACCAUAAAGAGGAGCAAGCAAGACACUAUUCACACUGCCCCUCCCUCUCUCCCCUGCCUGGGGAAGGCAUGAUCCAGAGAGCCUGACUACAAGUAUCAAACCAUCUUUUGCCCGUUGGUAGCGGCAGACAUUCCUUCACAGGGUCCAGGUUCAGGAUGCCUUUCUCCUCCUUCCCAGGGGAAGGAGUUGCUCUGCCCCCCAGUGUGACCCUCCCCAUGGUCGAAGAUACCGUAUUUUUCGCUCCAUAAGAUGCACUUUUUCCCUCGUAAAAACUAAGGGGAAAUGUCUGCGCGUCUUAUGGAGCGAAUGUGUGGUCCCUGGAGCUAAAUUGCUGGAGUGUGGCACACUCCUGAGCUGCUCUUUGGGGCUGGCGGGGGAAACCCCAGGUGCCAGCAGAGCAGCCAGGGCUUCCCCCUCCAGCCCCUACAAGCUCUUGCUUAGCCGCAUGCAGCCUCCCCAGCCCGGGAGAGGCUGCGCGUGGCUGUCCCAUAAGCCAGGAGAGCUUGCUGUCCUGGCUUCUGGGAUUCAGAAUAUUUGUUUUCUUGUUUUCCUCUUCCAAAAACUAGGUGCUUCUUAUGGUCUGGUGCGUCUUAUAGAGCGAAAAAUACGGUAGUUGGGGUCCUUUCAGGUCCUCAGAUGCCCUGUGUUUUCCUCUGCCUUUUUCAUGAGUUUCAUAUCUGUCCUCUCCUCUUGUUGUUGUUGUUGGUUGUUAUAUUAGGUGGGUAUGCACAUUUGUGAGUUUUCAGAACCCAUCCUUCACCUAUUUCUCUCUCCUUGCUUGCCCACUCCAUCUGGUGUGUCUGUUUAACUUCUUUUGUCACUGUUUCCCUCUCCCUUUUUGUGUCUGUGGGUUUGGGAGAUCAGGUUGUUGGUCGCUUUAUGGGGUAGGUUUGGUCAGUCGGGGUUUGCCCUGUGCCCUUUGGGGCCAUAACUGUGAUCAGACCAGAGGUAUGCUCAGCUUACACUGUGAUACUUGCAAUAUAGGGCAAGUCUGUAUUAAGAGACACAUUUUUCACAAUUCCCGCACUCUCUGGAAUACGGGAUCACAUUUGUGACAGGCAUUGGAGAGGUGCAUUCUCUGAUUCUAGCUCAGAGAGGAGCAUGGCUCUGUCAGUUUUGUGCCUUUUUUGGUCUGAUGCACAGCAUCUAGCUGUUCUCCUUAUGGCCGCCCCUGCUGGCUCACCACAUUACAGCAUGACAGAAAGAGGGCGAGAGAUUAGACUGUACUGUCUCCCUCACCCAGAGUCUCACAAACAGAUGCUUUCCCCCUUCCCCUGCAGUGGGAACUCCCCAUAGUCUUAUCAAGGAUGCACACAUGAAUAUCAUUGAAGAUCCAAUGGUGCAGGUGGCUGGCCCUGCUGGCAGGGAUAGGUCAAAGGGCAGAAAAUCCCAUAAAUCCAGGCAUAAAAGUCAAACACCAACACUAAGUUCUCUUAAUAAAAUAUUGUAUUUCUUUCUAACAGGGCACUCAUGUAAACUCUUGAGAAAGAACAUGGGGCUACUAGUCAUAAACGAAGGCUCUCUCGAUGUAGGUAUAAUUGAAAAAAAUGUGCUAAUGCCUAUGUGCUAUCAUUUACAAUGCAUGGGUCUCUGGAAAAACUUUAAACCGUCAGUAUGUGUUUGGAUCAAAUUACUAAAAAAAAUUCAGACAGGACUGAUGGAAGUAAAAAAAAUUUGAAUAAGAUGUAAAAGUAUGUUUAAUUAUUGUUGAAAAUGAUACGUUAAAAAACUAAUAAAAAUUUAUAUAUAUAUAAAAAACUAAAAAUAUACAACAUGCAGGAAAGCAUGUAUGUGGCUGACACAUAUAUCCCCUGAUAGCAUCUAAUAAAAGAAUUCAGCUUUUUCUUGCUGCUGCUCCAGUUCUUGUUCUUCUGCUUGGAUGGGGCAGGAUAACACUGAACACAAUGAUGGUGUGUCACGUGUUUAUUUUACUAGGUUUUAUCAGAGAGAGAAAUAUGGGUCGGUGACAGCGAUGCAUCCUUGUAAAGUCGAGCCAAUCCCUGACUCGUCUCUCCUCACUUCAGAUGCUUCCUAAUUUGAGAUUCAAUGUAGCUGACUCUUUGUAUGCCACCAGAGGGUGGUACUGAGUUACUGAAAUUAAAUGACAUACAAAAAGAACAGUAAGACAGGGACAAUAUGUAAAAAUAGCAAGUGAUAAGUGAUACAAAUUGAAGUACUGAUACAGUAUAUUGGCUAAGAGUAAGAGCUAUGCAUCCAUUCAAAUCUCACCUCCGUAAUAAACUUUAUAGGUGGCCUUAGGCAAGCUAUUACUCUAUUAGCUUCAUCUCCUCAAUCCCCAUCUGCAAUAUAGGGAUAAUAAUAAUAGCCUACCUUACAUGGAUGUUGAAGAUGUUUUAAGUGACAUACUUUUGAAUUGCAAAAUGUUAAUGUUGUACAAUAAUGUGAAAAUGCAAAAAAGAAGAAGAAAGGCUAGGCAUAGUUAAUACUUGGAAAUUCUGUGGAUUUCCGUAACAUUAUUCUUCAUAGUUGUAAGGUAAAGGUAAAGGGACCCCUGACCGUUAGGUCCAGUCGUGGCCGACUCUGGGGUUGCGGCGCUCAUCUCGCUUUAUUGGCCGAGGGAGCCGGCGUACAGCUUCCAGGUCAUGUGGCCAGCAUGACUAAGCCACUUCUGGCCAACCAGAGCAGUGCACGGAAACGCCGUUUAUCUUCCCGCCGGAGCGGUACCUAUUUAUCUACUUGCACUUUGACGUGCUUUCAAACUGCUAGGUUGGCAGGAGCAGGGACCGAGCAACGGGAGCUCACCCCGUCACGGGGAUUUGAACCACCGACCUUCUGAUCGGCAAGUCCUAGGCUCUGUGGUUUAACCCACAGCGCCACCCAAGUCCCUUCUUAGUAGUAGGAUGUGCUUAAAAAUUGAAUUCCUUGCUGUGGGUCCCAUUAUACUGAAAUGGCAUAAUUUGAUCAGUUCCUGAAAACGGAGAACACAAAUGAACAUUGAGAAUCUGAUUUUAAGAUAGCUUGCACCCAUACGGUUCAUGGCUAAAAUAGUAAAUGCCAUUUAUCUGAUGGGAAUGAAAGAACUACAAAUGUUAUAAAUCAUGGAAUUUACAUUUCUGUAGGUCAGUGGUCACGAGGCUUUCUGGGUCAGUAGGCACUGGUAAUAAUACUCCUAGCUAAUGAAUCUGUAAUAAAAGGCAACAGGUUACAUCAAUGUAAUCCCACUGAACUUGAUAGCAGUAUACCUGUGUAUGUGGUAAAAAAGUCAUCCACUAAAUAUCAUCCCAAGAGGGUCUCCUGGCUUUUACAGUGGGAUUUUUAUUUUCCCUGGCUAUUUUGUGGCAAUACUGAUGUGGUCCUUAUUCAUCUUUGUUGUUUUAAAAGCUACUGAUGUAUUAGUUACAUCAAGGCAGAAUAUAAUAGUUUCAUAGUUAACUGAUAAAUGUAUAUCAAAAGUAUAAAACUGUUCAACAGAAUUGAAGUGAUUCAUAUUUUUGAUGGUGAUUUUUUUUAUAGGCAACAAGAGAGACGUUAAGCAAUCAUUGCAGCACUCUUGGUGAUGCUUUGAGGAAAGAAAAUGAUUUUGCUCUUAUUAUUGAUGGCAAAACACUGAAGUAUGCAUUGACAUUUGGUGUAAGGCAAUAUUUCCUCGAUUUGGCUCUGUCGUGCAAAGCUGUUAUUUGUUGCAGGUAAAACUUUUUCUUCUUGAAAACAAAGCAUUCAUACAAUUUUGAAAGGUAUAGCUCCUCAAAAAGUGUUAUCUAUUUUUAGAAUAAUUUAGGAUAUUAAGUAGUUUUUGGAGUGGGAUUUUUUUAAAAAGUACAAUGGGGGGGGGGGAAGGGCAUAAUUUUAACAGUCUGCUACAGUGCCAUGUGUCCUUUUUUUCCAGGACAUGACCUCUUUUGGGGGGUAAAAUUUGGGACAAACUGCAUUUAUUUGCUUUUAAUGGCCAUUUUGCUCUUCAAAAUAUGGCAACCCUACACUUAAAAAUAUAGUUAUAUGAAACAUUUGUUCUUUUGUAUUGCAUGUGAUAUGAUCGACAGUCAUAAUUUCUUAGCAAUACCAUAUUUCCUAAAUUUCCUAAAGCCUGCCAACUAAUUUGGAGAAUGGCCUCAGUUCAUGCUGGUGCCAGGCUACCAUAAUUUACUGUAUUUGGUUUCUUUUGGCUUCUCACUUUUCCAAUCAGUUUCCUCCAUUUCUUUUUCAGUUUGUGAAUUUUUUUUUAAAAAAAAAAACUACAUGAAAAAACAAUGGCUUCCAGUGUAAUGUGAAAUCAUAGAAGUUGCAUAAAAAGCAUGCAUUAGCAAUUGUGAUUUUCUUUGCUGCCGUACAUUUAGAAAAAUAAAAUGGUAAAAUGGAAUUUCUCAAAACAUUUCUUUUAUAGAGUUUCACCUCUUCAGAAAUCUGAAGUUGUAGAAAUGGUCAAAAAGCAGGUAAAAGUGGUAACACUGGCAAUUGGCGAUGGAGCAAAUGAUGUUAGCAUGAUACAAACAGCACAUGUUGGUGUUGGCAUUAGUGGCAAUGAAGGGCUACAAGCAGCUAAUUCUUCAGAUUAUUCAAUAGCUCAGGUAAAUCCCUUGAUAAAUGAACUUUUAAAAGACAGUUGUUUCAAGUGAUAGAUGCUGUGUACCUAAACUUAUUUCCAUUAUCAUUUAUAGUUCAAGUACUUGAAGAACUUACUAUUGGUCCAUGGUGCCUGGAAUUAUAGCAGAAUUGCUAAAUGCAUCCUAUACUGCUUCUACAAGAAUAUUGUCCUUUAUAUUAUUGAGGUAAUUAUGGCAUCCUAUGCCAGAAUAUUUCUUUUCAAAUUGGAGCAAUCUGUGAACUUUUAAAAAAAACCAUCUACGAAGUGUAGAAUUAUUCUGUGUGUAUUUUUUGUGCAUUUUACACGGGUUGCCAGCACUGUGUUUGCAGGCUCCAAUUCGCUCACAAGUACUUCCUCUUGCCAUACCUAGCCAACUGUGAAUAGUUUCAGUAAAUCUGCUCAAAAAUCCACAGUGCAUGAGGCUGCUUGCUCUUCCUGCUCUGCUCCUAUUUGCACUGACUUAGCCUCUCCUACAUGCCCCCAUAGCAGCCAUCUUAUGUUAUGCCAUUUUAUGACUGCUGCCCACUGCUCUUUCUCAAAAUUCUACAUGUACUGACUGGUCCAUGAAGAUUGGCAACCCAUAUAUAUAUAUAUAUAUAUAUAUAUAUAUAUAUAUAUUCUAUUUUGAUAUGUAAAACCCAGUUCAAAAUAGAAAUACUAAUUACUGGUUGCCAAUAUGAAAGCAGCACACAUUUUUACAUAUUUGUUUUAUGGUUUAUUGUGUCUAAGGCACAUCAUAAUAACAUAAUUAAAAUAAUUAAAACGAAUAAAAAUAAAUAUAUAUACGCUGUGCUUCAUCUUCUAAAGAUGAUGAGAUACUUCAGCAGGAAAUCAGUUAAUUUUCAUCUCCAGCAGGACGCAUUUUUCACAAAUGUGGGAUCAAUAUGGGAAUUGUGGUGCAUAGGCACCGCAUAGGCAAACUCGGGCCUCCAGAUGUUUUGGGACUACAACUCCCAUCAUCCCUGACCGCUAGUCCUGUUAGCUGGGGAUGAUGGGAGGUGUAGUCCCAAAACAUCUGGAGGCCCGAGUUUGCCUAUGCCUGACCUACCUCAUGUAAAAGGCCUGGCACUCAGUUGACAUGUGCAGAGCCUUUAAAAAGAGCAUAGUUAGAACCAAACCACACCGUCUCACUGAGACCUUGUUUGUCUCUUUCCAUCCCACUACUCUGAGCAAGGUGUCGUCCACAGUCGUACCUUGGAUCCCGAAUGCCUUGUGAGUCGAACGUUUUGGCUCCCAACCGCCGCAAACCCAGAAGUGAGUGUUCGGUUUGCAAACGUUCUUUGGAACCCGAACGUCCGACAGGGCUUCCAAUCGGAAGCCGCGCCUUGGUUUCUGAACGUUUUGGAAGUCGAACGGACUUCUGGAACUGAUUCUGUUCGACUUCUGAGGUACCGCCGUGCAUGGAAAACUUUAAUAGGCCCUUGCCUAUUUAAAUCAAGUAAUCCUUACAUUUUGUUAAUCCUUUAGCAAUUUGAAUUCCUACGUGUCUGUUCAGCAUCCAUGAGGAUCAGAAAUGUACUAUUUUAAAAGUAAAAUUAGAACCAGGUUCCCUUGUGGCCCCCCAAAAUAUUGUGCGUUAAAAGACCAAAUUGUUCACAAAAACCAGUCACAUCCUUAUAAACUGAGAAUUUAUAACAAUGCAUACAAUUGUGACAUUAAACAAAACAUGGACCACGGCUAAGUCUGUGUCACAUUGAUUGCUAAUUUCAUUUUACUAACUUGCUCUUUUUAAACAUAUAUCAAUAUUUGUACUGUGAAAUAUUUUAAAUCAAUAUAAUAUAUUUUGAAUUCAAAAGAGAAAAAAAUGGACAAUGGUAAGGUAUACUUCUGAGUAGAAUUGUCAUUUUGUGAGCCAUUACUAUUGUUAUAUUUUAAAUUUAUAAGGAUUUUAGUGCUUUUUCAUUUAAAGUGAGUGUGGUUUGUUACACAUUAAAAAUUUAGUUUAAAUGGAUAUAGAAUUGACUCCUCAAUUGUGUUUUAUUGUAUGGUCUAAUUAAAUACUAAAGUGUUAUUUCCCCCGUUUUUCUUGCUGAAAUUGAAACUUUGCUCAAAUUUAACAACACAUUUUAAGAGUUAACACCAAAUGUGUCCAAAUAAGACUGACGAGCUUCAAAAAUCUCUUCCUCAGAUAUGGUUUGCAUUUGUUAAUGGAUUUUCUGGACAAAUACUGUUUGAAAGAUGGUGCAUAGGACUUUACAAUGUGGUAAGAUAUUGUACCCUAUUUAGUCUGACAUUUUAAUUACUGUUAAAAUACACUGAUUUCUUAACAAAUUGAUCCCAUGGUGUGUUUCGUUUAUAUGUUAGAUGUUUACAGCCAUGCCCCCACUGACUCUUGGAAUAUUUGAGAGAUCCUGUCGAAAAGAAAAUAUGCUAAAAUACCCUGAAUUAUACAAGACUUCUCAAAAUGCCCUGGAUUUCAACUCUAAGGUAGAAAAUAGUUUAGUUAUCUUUAGAAUAGCAUCAUAUGAAUGUACAUCCUGUUUCAGUUCUGCAUGAUUAAAAAGGAUUAAAUAUAUGAUUAAUAAUGAAACUAUUUUACAUCACCACCAGGCUGUAAAAUAAUUGAAUCAAAUGUCACAAAAAUGCAAUCCACAAAUUGCUAUGUUGCACUAAUUUUCCCCUCCAUCUUAACGACUGCAUAAAUAGUAGAGACCCAGCAAGCCUCAAACACACCUUAACUCUGGACCUGGUAGCAUACAUGAAUUUUGUGCCAGGGCUGCUUGCAGCCACAUGGACACUAGACUAUGCAGUGUCCUGGAGGCCAGGUAAGGCUGCAACUUGACUACAAGCAUGGGUGAAAUAGACCUCGAAUUCCUUUCUUCCGCUGCCGGAUAGAUUCUGUCUGUCAGUGGGGAGGACAGUAUUGAAUACCAUAUUUAAAAUGAAAAUGGCACAUGUUUUCAUAUUUGUCAUUCGUGGUAUUGGAUUUUUUCUUUAAAAUGUUUGAUACCAUAUUUUAAUCUUUUUUGAGUUUUAUUCCCAUUUAUUCUAUGGUAUUUUGGAUUUUCAAUGUUUGAAUUUUAAACUUCCAUAUUUUAUUUUAAAUAUUUUAAAUUAAUUUUUCAACAAAAAUAAAAAACAAACAAACACAACAAAGAAAACUAUAGAUAGAAGCAAUAUCCAAUCCAUAAAAUGGGAUUCUCUGAAUCUCAUCUCCCCACCCCCACCCCCGGUUCCUUAAUUUUCUUUUUCAACUGCAUAUCAUUUCUACUCCAAAUUCUACCUCAAAUUUCUUACAUUAUUUCUAAAAUUACAAGUGUUCUUAAAAUCCUGCAAAUGUAUUAGCCUCUUUACAGUACUUUUGUAAGUACAUAAUAAACAUUUCCCAUUCUUUUUUCAAUUUCUUGUCGUCUUCAUUUCUGAGCUUUCCAGUUAAUUUAGCCGUUUCAGCGUAGUCCAUUAACUUGGUUUGCCAAUCUUCUUUGGUCAGGACUGCUUCCUCUUUCCACCUUUGGGUUAACAGUAUCCGGGCAGCCUAAACUUCCAUAUUUUAAAGCUUUUUAAAAUUGCUUUUUACAAAGUAUGUCGAAGUGACUUACACAAUCAGUACAGAGCAUAAAACAAAAACAAAAAAGGCAAACUCGGUUUUUUAUUCAUAGAGUAUGUUUUCGUUCUUUGCAUUUAUUUUGUUGUUGGUCAAUGGUCAGUUGCUCAUAGUCAGGCCUGGUUAGUACUUAUGAUGGGAUGGGAGAAUAACCAUAUAGACUAAACAUGCCCCAAGUAGUGCAACAAAUAAUGUGAAAGCUAAAUAAACGUUUCCAAACUUUUAGCAAAUUCGGAUUAGGUUCUCAUAUUCAUAUGAUAAACAGUGUUUUUGCAGAAUAUUUGAAGAUUCUUUUUAGUUGUGUGAGUCUCUCCGUUGUGAUGGUUUUAAUUCUUUGUUAGUUUUAGAAAGCUUUUGAUUUUGCUGGGUUUAUUUUGAGUAAGUUUUCUGAAUAAACGCUUACAAGCUACCUGCGGAGACAGAAUGGUUGAUUCAGGCUUGAUGUGCAGAGGAUCUGGAAUCAUUUGUUGCGUGGGUUUGUUAUGUUAAAAAGGGUCAGAGUUUGUGGAGCCACUACGGAGGUUAAAGGAUUAGCAUGUAACAAUAAGUACUGGUCAGGAAAAUGGAAAAGUAGGCCUAAUUUUCUUGCAUCCACCUGUGCCUUCUGUCAAAUAAAACUUGUGGCAAUGGCAUAGCAAGGAGGAGAGAGAAAGGUUAAUGAACAACACAAGUUCAAAUGUGCUAAAGUAUUGUGGCGUAAAUUGGAUCAUACAACCUUACCUACUUGAGGAAAGUAACAAAGAAGCUGGAGACAUAGUGGAACAUUUUUUGAGGCAGGCAACUCAAUUUCUGUUGUUUGAGCAACUUAAAACUAUUAAUGCCCUUCUGUUCAACACAAUAAAGAUUAUGUUUUGGGAAAGUAUAUCUGAUUAUAAAACAUGGGUAUCUAUUAUAUGAAAGAAUUUACCAAAAGCUCUCUUCUUACUUUGUUUUUAUAUAAUGUACAAAAUGCUGGGUUUCUGCGUUUGACUAGACUUGACACAUUUUAGCAGGUGUUUCUAACACACAUAUAGUAAAAAGAAACAAUUAUAGAAAAAAAUGUGUAAUGAAAGAAAACGUCUGUGUGUUUGUGUGUGCCAACAACUAAUUCGUUUCUCUCUUUUUUCUUUUCACUCUAUAUUUUGAAAUUGUUGUUUUAUCAUCUGUCCUCAUGUUAUACUGAUUAGGAUAUAGAAUAAAACCACAAACACUUAAUGCUUAAUGCUAAUUUAGUGCAUAAUCAGUUAGUAGAACAAAGAUGGUUUUACAAUUUGGCUUUGCUUUUUCUAUAGAAGGCAUUCAUUUCUUUAAAAACUAAAAAAUUAAAAGUGAAAGAUAGUGAACAUCUUUCGAGAAACAUAAACAUAAAUAAAUGACCCAUGAAGGGCUGUGAGGCAGAAAAUACAUCAGUUAUAUUAGUUCUUAGCGGUGGUUCUUAGCGGUUUGAAAAACACAUUUUCUGAAUCUAACUAAAAGAUAAAAAGAAGGUCAGAGUUCACACAGUUAGUUUUACCUCAAAUGGUUCUCAGGAAUGUUUGUUUUCCCUUAGGUUUUCUGGGUUCAUUGUUUAAAUGGCCUCUUCCACUCAGUAAUUCUGUUUUGGUUUCCACUAAAAGCCAUCCAGUAUGGUAAGUAAAUGAAAUACAGAAUUUGAAAAUACUGUAUGUAUUUAAAAUGGCAAUAUCCAGGGUUACACUAAAGCAAAUUCUGUAUUGUGAUCUUAAAUGUGGACUUCUAACAGUUGAUCAUUAUACAAUAUCGUCCCUUUUUCAGUUUGGGGAGCUAAAACAUCUUUUUAAAUUGCUAGUGUCAUGUGAUUUGGGGUAUAAUUGUUAUGUAAUAAUGCAACAAUGUUACACUAGUCUUAUUUUAAUACAUAUCGAUAGAAGUUCUUUUCGGAUCUGUCUUCUUUCAAGCUGCAUAGAGAGUCUUUUUCCAAACUGUGUUGCUGGAGAACUAGGAGUCUAUUCAACUUGUAGAGGUUAAUUUGGAAGUGUGUUUCCAAAUACAAGUAUGUAUCUUCCCAAGUUUGAAUUAGUUAUAAGCCAAAGGAGAUAAACUAAGUAGAUCAAUAGGUUAUAAACCAAAAACCUCAGCUUUAUAUCAGACUAGUGGUUGGUAAAUUAAAAGAAAUUAUUCUGGCAGAAUAAAAACCAUUGAGUUUGAUGCAAUUGUUUUCUUCAGUGAAUGGAAUUAACUUCUUCCAGCAGAAAUGGUCUCCUGUCAGAGGAAAAGAACUCUUGGAUCUAAGCCAUAAGAUGUCUUUGGAAAUAACGAUAAACUGGUUUAUUGUUACAGGAAUGAGCCUUGGGUUCACAUGCUCCCCUCUCCUCUGUUUUCUAGCACAGCUUCAAUGAGGAGAUAGGAAGAUUUUGCUACAGUUUAAUGUUGAAUCCUAAACUGUGGUUAAUCUUAACUGUGGUGUGUUGAAACAAGCUAUAAACUUAUUGAAACAAACCAUACACUAUGGUUUGAAGGUUUUUUCCCCCUGUAAAACAUAGUUAAGGUUAACCAGCGUUUGUUCUGGUUUGGACAUAACACCAAUCUGCAGUUAGUUUUAAAAAAAAUGGAAGUGAAAUCUUUCAGUAUCUUCUGCACAGCUACCUAAGACUUAUUCCGAUAACAAUAAACCAUAUUUGAUUACUACCACCAAACACAUCCAUAGAGUCUAACAGGAGAAGUGCAGUGACCCACACAUUUUUGCCCAAUGAACUUUACCAUUUGUACAAGGCACUUCAUAGAAUCAUCAGAUUCUAGAGUUGAAAGAUACCCCAAUGGUAAUAUAGUCCAACCCCCUGCAAUUCCGGAAACUCAGCUAGAUCAUACAUGACAUAACCAUUCAACCUCUGCUUAAAAACCUCCAAUGAAAAGGAGUUCAGCACCUUCUGAGGGAGCCCGUUCCACUGUUGAACUACUCUCACCAUCAGAAAGUUUUCCUGGAUAUUUUGUCAAAAGCUCCUUUCUUGUAACUUGAAACCAUUGGUUCGGGUCCUAGCCUCCAGAGCAGAAGAAAACAAGCUUGCUCUAUCUUCCACAUGAUAAAAAGGUAAAGGGACCCCUGACCAUUAGGUCCAGUCGUGACCGACUCUGGAGUUGCGGCGCUCCUCUCGCUUUAUUGGCCAAGGGAUCCGGUGUACAGCUUCCGGGUCAUGUGGCCAGCAUGACAAAGCCGCUUCUGGCAAACCAGAGCAGAGCACGGAAACACCGUUUACCUUCCCGCUGGAGCGGUACCUAUUUAUCUACUUGCACUUUGACGUGCUUUUGAACUGCUAGGUGGGCAGGAGCAGGGACCGAGCAACGGGAGCUCACCCCGUCGCAGGGAUUCAAACCGCCAACCUUCACAUCGACAAGUCCUAGGCUCUGUGGUUUAACCCACAGUGCCACCCGCGUCCCUCUUCCACAUGAUAGCCCCUUAGAUAUUUGAAGAUGGCUGUAAUAUUUCCUCUCAGCCUCCUCUUUUCCAGGCUAAACGGCGCCAUCUCCUUAAACCAUUCCUCAUAAGGCUUGGUUUCCAGACCCUUGGUCAUCUUAGUCGCCCUCCUCCGACUUGUCAAUAUCCUUCUUAAAUUGUGGCACCCAGAACUGGACACAGUACUCCAAGUGUGGUUUGACCAAGGCAGAAAAGAGCAGUACCUUUUAUCUGGAUGCUAUACUUCCAUUGAUGCAGCCUAGAAUAACAUUAGCUUUUUUUAUUGCUGCAUCACACUACUGACUUGGGUUAAGCUUAUAUGCUAUGAAGACCCCUAGAACAUUUUCACAUGUGCUACUGGCAAACAAGGUGUCCCCCCCUCUUACAUUUGUGCAGUUGGUUCUUCCUGCCUAAGUGCAAAACCUUACAUUUGUCCCUACUUAAAUGCUUUUGGUUGUUUGAGCCCAGUUCUCCAAUCCGUCAAGGUCAUCUUGAAUCCAGAUUCUGUCUUCUGUGGCAUUGGCUACCCCUCUGAGUUUGGUGUCAUCUGCAGAUUGGAUGAGCAUAGCCUCAGUUCCAUUGUCCAAGUCAUUUAUAAAGAUGUUGAACAGCAACAGACUCAGGAAAGAACCUUGUGGCAUCUGACCUACCGCUUUUUUCCAGGAUGAUGGGAACUCUUUGGGUUCAGUCAGUCAAACCACCUAACAGUUACCUCAUCCAGCUUACAUUUUACCAGCUUCUCUGCAAGAAUAUCAUACAAAAGCCUUACUGAAAUCAAGAUACACUAAGUCCACAGGAUUCCCCUUAUUUACUCAGCUUGUAGUAAAAACAAAAACAGAAAUGAGAUUCAUCAGGCAUGACUUGUUUUUGAGAAACCCACAGCAUCCUUUUCUAAGUGCUCAUAGACCAACCAUUUAAUUAUCUGAUCUAGGACCUUGCAUAGUAUUGAUGCCAAGCUGACUGGUCAGUAGUUACUUAGGUCUUUUUUGAUGGAGACAACAAACUGACCAUAUACUGCCUCAAAUUAAAAUUGUUUUGUCCAUGGAAAGAAACUCAAGGGAAACAGUUCUUUGGCAAUUUAAGCAGAAAUUUAUAUUAUAGAAUCAUUUCCAUAAAUAACCCCCAUUUUAAUAUUUCCAAUGUUGUUAUCUUACAGAUACUGUAUUUGCCAGUGGUAAAACUUCAGACUAUUUGCUUUUGGGAAACACAGUAUAUACCGUAAGUAUUGCUAAUGUGACUGUAACUUGUGUCCUAGGCAGAAGAGUAUGCUAGAAAUUUGAUACUGGGUGAUUCUUUAUUCCAGUCUUAAUAUUAUUAUUUUAGCCUGUGGGUUGGUUGGUUGGUUGGUUGGUUGGUUGAAUGAUGGAUUGAUUUAACCAAUUUAUAUACCAUUUAACAAGGUAUAAGCACAGUCUCUAAGCAGUGUACAAUAAGGUUAACACAAAAAACCAAUCAAUACAAUACAUAAAAUUAAUUAAAAUGAACUAUAAAAUCAGAAAACUUAAAUUUGUGCACCCUGGGCAAUCAGAGCAGGGUGUAAAACAACUUCUCAUAAGAAGCCUAGGUAGCCUCCCUUCAGCAACCUGUCAGGUUCAGUGUGCUACAUCUUGGCCAGCCCAUUCCUCUCCAAAUGGAGAGUCAUCCAUACCUCUUAAGACAGAUUUAACCUGUUCACCUUUUGCAUGCCAUUCCAAAAGCAAAUUUUGAAACGUCAUACUUCACUUGGAGUUGAAGCACUGUUAUAUUGGUUAAGGAAAAGUAGCUAAUUUCUCUCUCUCUCUUUAGUUUGUAGUAAUAACUGUGUGUUUAAAAGCUGGAUUAGAGACUUCAUAUUGGACUUUGGUAAGAAAUUAUUUUUAAAAUAGCUCAUGUUACAAUAUAUAAUAAAGCGAUAAGUGUAAAUUUACUGUAAUUUAUGUAACAGAGUACUGGCCUAUAUAGGUUGAUGAGGGGUUAAUAACUGGGUUGGGUUUAUUCAAAGAACACCUGUGUAGAAAUCGGCAAUAUUAAUAGACAAAAUAGGCAUGUUAAUCUGCAAAUUCUGAUAGCAAUAAACCAAGGAAAAGAGGGAAUGGGUUAGAACUGUAAGCCUGCCUGCCCAGAAGUAAUUCCCAUUGAUUUCAGUGGGGCUUAAUUCCCAGGUAAAUAGAAUGCAACCUUAUUCUGGCUCUAACCAUAAAGGAAACAUAUUUUCUCCUAUUGACCUAUUUUGCAGGUUUGACUUUUUGAUUUUUAUUCUUUCUUUUCCAGUUCAGCCACAUAGCAAUAUGGGGCAGCAUUGCACUGUGGGUAGUAUUUUUCGGAAUCUACUCUUCCUUGUGGCCUCUAAUUCCUAUGGCCCCUGAUAUGUCUGGGGAGGUAAUAUUCGCCUUUUAACUAAUUUCUGAAUCUCUAUGUAAAACCGUACUUUUAUUUUUGUUUGAGAAUUGGUUGGUUUGAGAUUAAUGACGUGCAGCCUAUUAUCUCUUCAGAACAAGCAGACUUUGGACAUUUUGGCUUUGAGGUAUCAGGUUUUCACAAGUUCUAAAAGCACUGACAAGUCUUUUGGUUUUUUUUGUGUGUGUGACCAAUAACACCAGUUAAUUGUAAUUUGCAUUUAAAAUUGUUGGCUAUAUAUCCCUGGGAGCCAAGUUUGCAUCAGAUUCCAUUUGGUUUCAUAAGACCAAGAGGGAAGGGUUAUAACCAGAAGAGACUUGGCAUAAACCACGACUCUCAUACAUUAGUAUAAAUUUGUAAACCACCAACUGAAGAAAACAGAAUCCGUCCUCAGAACAGGCUGCCCCUGUUAGCGCCAUUGUCUAAAAUGGAUCAGUUUGCCAUUUCCCAGCUGACCUGCCUAUGUGCAGAGAGAUGUGAAAAGUUUGAGACAAAAAUGCUUCUACUGAUCAAGGAGGGAGCUUUCUUGUACAGAAAGGAAGGAAAUACCUCGGUGGGAUUUUAUUUUUUCUCCCUCUUCAUCCAAAUAUACAAAGAGGCCUUCUGUCUUUAAUGCGAAUGUCGGCUUUAAAUCUUUUAGUUUUGGAUUAACUCUGCAAAAGAAAAAAAUGUGACAGGCUUUCAAAUAUGACGCAGAAAAACUUUUUCCCCCUUCAAUUCAUGUUCUUCGUUUGUAAAGCCAAAGGCUGGAUUGACUGAAUGGUAGGCGCCAGUUUGUUCCUUCUUUCAUAGUUAGCAUUACAAUGGUAAGAAUUAACAUCCUAAGACCUACAUUAUCACUUCUGCUGUUUCACCCAGGAACGUUUAAUAGCGGGUGGCUUACAGAACGAUAGCUCUUUGCUCUGUUACCCUAAUCUUAAAAAGUCAUUAAUUUAAAAAUAAAAGUAUGUUGUUUAAAUCGCAUCUAGAUCCAUUUUUGUCUCCUGUUUUCUUAUUCAGGACUUUAUUAAUUGCAAUCUAUAAAAGUUUUACCUCACAGUGUUUGCUUGGGAGUGGUGGCUUUAAGAAUUGGCUAUGUUGUCUAACAUGACAAAAGUCACGUUUUCCAUUAUAACAUUGUUUAUAAGUUAAAUUAUGAUCUUUAUCUUGCUUGUAAAUCCACUUUUCCUUAAAACUGAUUUUUAGUAUUGAAACACUUUUUGAAAUUGCUUUAUUUGAAUUUUCACUUUAGCACUUGUGACAUUAAAUUAAUCCUGCUUUACUUUUAUAUAUUAUUGUCUUAAUGCUGCGAUCUUCCUUGUACAUAGGUGCUUGUUAAAGCAUUACGUACAAACUUGGCCUUUUUUGGCGGGAGGUGGGGGUUAAUUGCCAAAUAGCCUCCCUCCUGCAAGAAUCAUAAGCUGCUCUUUAUAUCAGAUGGCAUUUGAGUAGAAUAAUCAGCAUAUUGGUAUUUUUCCUGAGCGCUAGGAACAAGGCUCUGAGCGAUAAGUCUAAUAAAUAAACAUUGCUUUAGAUCCAAAUGCUCAUUGCAUGGAAGAUGCUUCUCCUAGUGCCUGCAAAAGUGUUUAAUAUGAAUUUCUUAUGCACAUCUCUCGAUUGUCAUUCUCCUGUGUUUGGAACUGUAGGUUAAGCGAUUUAUAUAUCUGUUUCAAACGUAGCCAAAUUGCAAGUGACUACAAGUACCUGUUUUCCGCCCUAGUCACAAUUAAUAGGGUUAGCAGUUCUGAUCACUGGCCCCAAGACCCCUUGAAUUCUCAAAGUUUCUGGGAAAGGGAUUUUUGUAAACAUCUCCCUUGAAAUGAGGACAUAGCUCUUUAAUUGACCUUUUCCUACAGCUGAAGGUAAAGAAGGAAUUGUGAAAUUUAAAUUGAUAAGUGCCAGUUAACCCAAAACCGGUAGUGCCUUUAUUUAUUAUUUGCUUAUUUCAUAAAAUUUAUAUGCGGUUUGAUUGUAAGGAAAAAUCUCAAACCAGUUUCUCCUGCUCUCGUGUGGAUUGGGGGAUGAAUAGUGAUAGACAGCUGCUGGCAAUGCUUUUUUUACAUAAGUCUAUAAGGAAUACCAACAUUCCCUCAUUGACACCCCUUACUGAACACAGUCCCAGUGGCUUUUUUCAAUAGGUUACUAAUUUUUUUCACCAUAUUACCUAGCUUCAUCUGAAAAGUUUCGUAUUUCUUUUCUAAAAAUAACGCCGUUGUUUAAAUCCAUGUAGGCAGUUAUGAUGUUCAGUUCUGGUGUUUUCUGGAUGGGCUUACUAAGCAUUCCGCUGACAGCUUUGAUCUUCGAUGUAGCAUAUAAAGUGUAAGUAUAAAACUCUUUAUAUAUAUAUUUUUAAGAAAUUAACGCAUCCAUGUCUUAGUAACCCAAAGUUGUAUUUAGAAUGCUAUCCUGUCCAUGGGGCUUACUGUCAAGUAAGUGAGGGUAGGAUUGUAGCCCGACAGCUCAAUCCUGUACAUGUCUACUCAGAAGUAAGACCCUUUAACAUCAGUGUCUUCAUUCCCAUGUAAAUGGGUAUAGGAUUGCAGCCUUUUCCUACUAAAUUAUGAUUCACCUUUAUAGAAGGUUUAUAGACUAUUAAUGCAAAUUUGUGCAGAUAUUAAUUCUUUAAUUGUUUUUCAUAUAAAUUAUAAUCUCAUAGUUAAUAUAAAAUGCCAAAACAAAGCAGACAUGGUUUCUGAAGUAUACACCUAUGAAUUGAAUGCUUAUUUUUAUAACCUUUCUCCAACCGUUAAUUCUAAAAUUUUAUUUACAGUCUGUCCUCUGUGUAAGCUACUGAAGUGUAACAUGUAUGUGCAUUCUUAUGUAGCAUUACUUUGAAGCUUAACUUUAUACUGGUGUAUAAAAUAGAUUUUUAUACUGGAGAUUUCUGUUUUAGUUUCUCUCAAAUUUCAGCUUCAGUAUAAGUUACCCAAAAGCAUUUUUCAUUGCAGAGUGAAAAGAGCAGCAUUUAAAACACUGGUAGAUGAAGUUCAGGAGUUGGAAGCAAAAUCUCAAGAUCCAGGAGCAGUUGUUCAUGGGAAAAGGUACAAUAAUACCUGUAAAUAAUCCACAUCAUUGCACAAGUCGAACCCCAUUGUAAUGUUGUUAUGAAGCAUUGCAAUACCUUAGGGCUGAUCCACACUUGCCAGCAAAAUCUUGACUUUCAUUGUUUCCUUUAAGAUACUCUGCUCUUUCUUAAUUGUGAAGCAUUCAAGUCAUAAAUGUCACUGUGGAGAUCCCAUUCGAAAAGCAGAGGUUACUAGCAUGUCUGAUGGUUCUCUGCAUUCAUUGCUGUGCCUUAGGUUCUCCCAUAAGUAGGAAUUUAAAUCUAUUUUACAGUUCAGGCAUAUUCAUGCAUAUUCAGAAGAAAGUCCCACUGAGCUCUGUGAGACUUACUCCCAGAAAAGUAGGUAUAGGGCUGCAACCCUAGACAAAAGUGGUUAUAUCCACUAAUCUGAGAGUAGGAUUCAGUGAACUCAGUUGGACUUAAUUCUUAGGAUUGUGCUUUUAGUUAACUUGCCACACCCUGCUUGAUAGCCUCCUGAACACUGAAUAUUGUUUCACAGCGCUGGGUCAUUAUUUCAGAUAUUAGUGUGUUGACAUUUUAUUUUAUUUUUUAGCUUAACUGAAACAGCUCAGCUACUGAAAAAUGUCUUCAAGAAAAACCAUGUCAACUUGUACCGCUCUGAGUCUCUGCAACAAAACUUGCUUCGUAAGUAUUCGAGAUUUGACAGAAAUAAGUACAAAUCCAAAAGACAGAAAGAACAGGAUCACAGAGCAUGAAUACACUUGGUUCUGCUUUCAUAUUUAUGUUUGGCCCCGUUAAAUUACAUUUCUUACUGCAUAGCUUUAGUCACACGCACCAUGAUUUUUAACAAUGGUUUAUUAUUGUUAGCUUAUUGGUUCUUACUGUGAGAUGCUUUGAAGACUUCAAAAUGAAAAAGAGGGAUACAAGUGUUUCCAAAAAAAUAUGCCAAGAUGGGUUUUAGAGGGCUAUUAAUAAUAGAUCCUGCGUGCUUGGCUCCCCUUGCUCAAGAUUUAAUCACAUGAAAGAGAGUAAAUAGGAAAGCAAGAAAGGACCAUAAUUGGAACCAUAAGGUUGAAUCCAAGAAUGCCUUGCACAGUGGAAAGGCAGGUCUCCUAGCACAAGGUAGCUGCUCUGAAUUGUCCCAUUUGUCCACUCCCACUACAUGCCCCACACCCCAUUCAGAGAGUCCAAUGUGGCUCCAACUCAUAAUUUUAAAUGAGUAAUGGAAUUUGAAUUCAUUCUUGAAACAUUGCUUUAGAAUAGAGAACAUAUAUCAGUUAUUUUAGGUUGCAAUCAUAUACCAACUUUCCCAAAAAUAAGCACUAUUGCACUCUGAUGAAUUUUAAUAGAUAUGUAUAGGAUUGCACCAAUAGUUCUAUUCAUUUUGUUUUUGUUUUAUUGCGUUUUUGUUGUUUUAUGUUAAAAAAAAAGUCUCAAAGCAACUUAAUAAGCUAAAAUGUAAACAAGUAAAAUCAAUUAAAAGCCAAAUAAAAACAACGCCAAUGCUAUAUACACAGGGCUUUUAUCAGCCGGAACUGAGUUCUGCCACCUCUUCGUUGCGUUCCAGCACCUCUUUGUAGCGUACCAGCAGCCCAGAGCUGUGUGUGGGCUGCAUGUUGCUUGUGGCUUUGUGUCAGAGGUUGUGGGACAGUCUCCACCCAAAAAAACCUCAACAACCUUGGCUCCCCUCUAAAAGAAUAAUUCCUCCACCUCUAUUUCUAGGGGGGGGGAGCACUGGCUAUACCAUUAAUCAUAUCCAUCAAUGACUGUAGCCCUCUUGGUGUUCAGCCAAAUGCAAGAAGGCAUAAAUUUGUCAGCUCAGUCAGUAGAGCAGGAACUGCUGGUUCCCUCUUCCAACAUCCCUGCGCACAGCAUCUAAGCUCGUUCCUUUCCCAAACUUUCCUGAAGAGUCUGAAGGGGGCAUCUAAGAAUGACUGAACAUGCUAAAAAGCUCCCUCAGAAUUGACAAACCCAGGGCAGGGCUUCUCUGUAAUAUGUCAGGGCUGUGCUUAGCAAUAGGCUUCUUAGCAUGUUAGUAUUUAAACUGAGUGAUUCUUUUUGAAAAUAUUUCAGCCGAACUAGAACUGUAGUCCUUGUUCCUCAUUCCGGUUUGCCUUUAUAAUUGCAGAUGGUUAUGCCUUCUCUCAAGACGAAAAUGGGAUUGUUUCACAAUCGGAAGUAAUAAGAGCCUACGAUACUACAAAGCAAAGACCUGAUGAGUGGUGAAGGACUAUGACACUGAGCCCUAAUACUUGCCAUAGUAUGGCAAAGUAAUAUAUAUUUCCUGGGUCUGCUAGCAAGGUCCAGCAACAGAUUAGAGGAAGAUGUGUGUUGUUACUCUUAUUCCCUGAAGUUUGAGUUCACAUACUGAGUAGACAUAAGCACUGUGCAACUAUACUGUAAUACACCAUCUCCAAAUUUUUCAACAAGUGUUACUUGGAUUUUGUAAGCAGAGAUUGAAAAUAGCUUUCAGCCUUUGCCAACUACUUAUUUACAGUGAUGCUGAAUACGUAACGUUCCUAUAUGUAUAUCUAGGACAUAAUGAACAGCCAGAUUACUCGACAUAGCAUACAUUGACAACCAUCGCCUUUGCAAAGGUUUGCGAGCGGUGAAUUAUUUAAAGUACCUAGCCUUUGAUUUCAACAAGUGCUAAAUAACAAUUUUUAAAUAUUCAUUUAUGUGUUGAAGUAAGAUUUCAAAGCAAGACAUUUAAAGGUACACGUGUCAAACUAGCCUAAAAAGUUUGCCAAAGAAUUUCCAUAUUUCUCAUCUUAGUAAUCAUUUGCGGAGAAAUUUUAAAGGGUGGCGACGUCAAGUGUGAUAUAAGAAUUGCAUGCUUGAAACUCUGUACUUGAAAAGUUUUACAAUAAUGUGAACUUGAUACUGUUUGCUUUGUAUUGCAUUGGUUUUUCAGAUCUGCGGUCACUUUCACCUUUGGCCUUAUACAAGCCUUUCAUUCAUGUUCAUUUAACAGAAAUGUGUACAUUUAACACAGCAGUCAUUUUCUAUGUAAGGGGCAUGUGUCUUUGAAUUAUAGACAAAUGCUGGUCUGCCUUAUAUCCCUUCCAUACACCUAAGGACCUGAUCCAGGGAAACCUGUACACAGAAACGGGCUGUUUGCAAAGGUGUUGUGUUUCCCUGCCACCAUCCCCAACUUAGCACACUUUCAUUUUAAUGGCACUGGUUACCUGUAAGGCCAGGCAGAAAGGAAAAGGUGGUGACUUGAUUCCAGUUUCCUUUCUGACAAACAGAGAGGAAAGAGCCAGCCAUGUUGCUCAUUGUUCACACCUAGUGCCAGAGCACCAUGCAUGAAUCCCAUGUGAGUUUUCUUCCCAAGCUUCUUUUGCAUUUAUAGGACCCAAACCCAAAUGUUGUAUCAUGCACACAUGCAAAUGCUUGCUCUUACUGGAUUGGAGCAGUAGUGUACUUGAAAAUGCUGGUUUCAGUUCAUACUUAAGUUGCCAGAGCAACUUGCUACAAACAAAAUGAUUUAUUUUGGUGGUUUUUCACAAGAACGAGGAACCAGAAUCAUCAGCAUUGCACUGCUUUCUGUUUGCACUACAAGACAGUUAUUUAGUCUUGCUGUCAAAUAUAUGUGUACAGUCCCAAAUUUGAUUUAAAGUAGGCUAUGCUGAAGUUUGAGGAUUUUAACCAAUAUUUCUUUUUUUAGGUGUAGAUCUUGAAAGGCAUAAGAUUUAAAACUGCUAAUGAAAGCAAGGAAAGUAAACUAACAAAAAAGGUUUCAUACUCUAAUCAGGAAUGUGAGAUUUCAACUUCUCACCCCCCAAAAUAUUGUAAUUCAGUAUUUUUAAAUAAGUUUGUCUAAUCAGGAUGAGAAACAGAAUCUGAUACAAUACUGCAAAUUAAUAUAUGCUCUGCUAUGAAGCCAUUUAAAAGCCGUUUCAGUAUGUCUAAUUUAAAAUACAUAUUUUAUAUAGUAGGUUUCACCUCUGAUUUGAGUGCACUGUACAACUGUUCUACCUGUAGAAAGACAAAUAUAAAUAUUCUUAUAAAUGAAAUAUUUGUAUGCGAUGGUCCAACUUUUGAAAAGCAAAGUUUAAUAGGAACAUUGUAUUUAUUAAAUGACGUAGAACAUUUUAUAUACUUGUGAUACACAGUUGCACUCAUUCACAAUGGCAGGGACACUGUUCUUUUUCACAAGUGAUAUUUAAACAGAAAAUAAAACUGAAGAAAAAAGGAGUCCAAAAGAGAAAAACAAACCCUUGCUGAAAACAGCCUUGCUUCCCAUCUUGCAGCCCAAAACUGCCUUCAGAAAAGCUACUUCAGGCAUAGAUAAUGAAUGAAUCGACAAGGAGGGCCAAAUCACUUGACCUGGAGCACACAUAAAAAUUUGGGACUUGUCCUUUCUCAGUGAGACGUCUCCUUCAACAGAUUUCCCAAGUGAACGAUUAAAAAUGAUAAUCGUUUUAGAAUACUUAAGUACAAUUCUAAGCAGUGCAUAUUUCUUUUUAGAAUCAAUGAAUGAAGUCGAUCCGUCGUGAUUCAGCAGAAACGAUGUGCUCAUUCAUAUAACCUGUUCUUUGCUUCUGGCCUCAUGCAGCCUCUUAGGGCACCUGAAAGCAGUAAUCAGAAAAGAGUGUCUUCUCCAUUCAUUUCCCGCACCCCAGCUAAGCAGUCAGAAUUGACAUGCACCAUGUAAAUCGCAGGUGCUGGAUGCAGGUGUGUCCCCUUCCUCCUCUCCCUGAAGCAUGAAAUGGCAGUUUGCAUGCAAAUGACACAGGAGAAUGAUCUGCAUGCAGAUACCUAUUUCAACACACGCGCAAUCCAGUUACCUCAAACAGAUCUCCCUUGCUGGAUCAAGGUGAAGGCAUAGGUGUCACAUUAGUGAUAGUUCAGGAAACUCCAUGACCACCCUUAUUUGCAAAAAAAUAGACACAAUAGGUACUCAUUUUGGCUGUCAUUGCUGCCUAAAAGUAGACUGUUCUUAGCACAUUUUCUUCAUCAUGGGAUUUUAAACUCUCAGUGAUUAUGUUACAUCUUUUAUUUUUUUUUAAAAAAAUGUUUAAUUUUCUAAGGAAGAUGUAGGCUUAUUCAGCUUAUCUUGGCUAUUCUGAAUAAGUGCUCCACAUCUUAAUUUUUCAUUUUUGCCCUUCUGAAUUAAUCUUUGUUCUGAUGUCAUUUAACUUUUUAAAAAUACUAUUCCUCACACACUGGAUGUCAUUUUUUCUAACAGCAGUCAUUAUCACAGUACCCGAUGAUUGUGUGUUUGUUCUGUCUUUAAUAGUUUGCUCCCCCCACCCCAUAUUAAAAUCUAAAUAAAAACUUAAGAGUUCCUAAAGAACAUAACACCCAAUUUAAACAAAAGUCAGGACAUACAAUACAUACGUUAUUUGCAAACAAACACAUUUCAUAACAAAAGGCUAUAUAAGUGGUUUAUUACAUUAUAAUAUAGGAAUAUAUUAUAAUACAUAUAUAUUUGGGACUACUGGUUGAAAUGUUUUAGUAAACAAUACUCUACUCAAGUUACAGUACUUUACUAUAAUGUACUUGUUUUGAAAUUCUAAACUUUUACAUUUCUCUUAAUUAAAUCCAGAAAGGAAGUUGUAUGUUUUGUAUGUAUUAGGUGUAUUGUGCAACAAUUUCACGCUAAUGUUUGUUUUUUUAAAAAAAAUAUCAUUAAUUGAAUGAAAAGGUGCCAUUCAGAGAUCAACGCCUACAUAUAGGUAUUAUUUUAAUUACUUGUGAGAAUGUAGUAACCAGAACAUCAGCUAAUUGGAAUCACUUUGAGAAGCCAUAAGUGGACUUGUUUUUUCUUAGUAUUAGAUUUAUUUUUGCAGAGAAAUUUUGACAAAUUUAUAAGCAACUUUCUAGUUGUAUAAAAAUAGAGGAAAUAUUUAAACAAAUGCAAUGGUGAAAGAUUCCUGUUGCACUGUCUCACAUGGGAAAACAUCUGUUUUCAUCAAUUAAUUAAUUUUGAAUUGUUUGCUUAGAGUCUUGGACCAUGUAUUUAGCUCCCCUCUUUUUCUGCCCAUUUAUGUAUUGUGCAAAAAACAGGUGCCGUUCUAGUAAGUUUUAUCAAUCUGUCUGCAUGAGUUAAAAUGUCACAGUGUGAAUCUGAGCUGGUGCAUGUCUGUGCUGUAAAGCUCAUGAUUUCUUUUUCCUUCGGUUCAAACAUGCAUCAAACCAUGUGUGUAUUAGUAAGCAAAAGCAAGUGUUGGAUCAACAACUGAAUUAACAACUUCACUCUAUUAGUACUGAAUGUGAACUCGGAAAAUCAUACACAAGUUGACCAAGGGUAGCACUCCCAAAUUUGUGCACAACCCACUGAACUAAUUGGACUACUCAAACAGUAAGAGAACAGUAAAAAGAGGCAAUCGAGUCACUUUGCGUUUUAUAGGUUGCUCCAACACAGACUUUUGCAUCCCUUCAAAUAUUUUGUAACUACGAAACUGUGGCCCGAAUGUGUAAAAGCAAAAUCAUGUUUCCGUGUUUUUUCUUGUUCUACAAUUGAAGCCAUAAUACAUGAAUAUUAGUUUUCUACUGCAACUUGAUUUUCAUGCUGUCUUGAAAGGCACUGUAUCAAAAGACUGCAUUCAAAGCAAAGUAGGACUUUCCAGCUCCACUGAACCAUUACUGCUGAAACUGCUGUGGAAUUUGUGAAGCUGCAUGAGUGAAGAGAUUUUGACUCCGUGUUUAUGGUAGUUUUUCUCAGGUUUCGUUUUAAAUGGAUGUCAAAUGCACUGUUUUAUAACGUUAUUAAAUUUUAGUAAUAUAUUCAGUUCUAUGCAGUGUUACAUGUCAUUGGCCUUUUGUGAAUGUGCAUGUUUUGAACUGCAAAUUUUAAAUGUUUUGUCUUCUAAUUGUUCAAAAAUAAACCUUGCCAUUAAAUAAACUCUG